AUGGAUGAUGAUGAUAGAAAAGGGUAAGUUGAUUGUUAUGUAAGUUUUCUAAAUGUAUUAAAUGCUUGCUUAUCUGUUAGUUGUUUUUGUCAUAUUAUUUUGAUUAUUUGAAAAGGAUUUUAAUUAUUUUCUAAUUUGUAAUAGAAACACAAAAUUAGUGGAUCCACUUAAUUUUGUCUAUUUAAAUCAAAUAUUUAUUAUUGAAGUAAAGCCUGGGCUCAAAGAAAAUUUAGUUUAGUUAACCAUAAUUGUGUCUUGUGGUGAAUUGAAGACAUUUUUGUUAGUUUUAAAAUAUUAUAAAAUCAUCAAAUAAAAUAUCUUAUUUGAGUUCAAAUUAAUUUUUGUAAUGAAGUUAUUUAUUAAGUAUAUUUAUUGCAUUCAGGCCCAUGAUGAUGUUUAAAAAAAAUAAUAAUAAUAGUAAUUCAAUUUUAUUGGUUAUCAGCAAAAUCUCAUUUCUUGAAUAUUUGUUAUUGUCAACAGCUCUUCUAGAUAUCUUACUUAAAUUAAACAAUUAAUAUUUACUUUCUUAUAGUCCUUUUUUGACAAAGUUAGUACAUUCAUUAGGAAGGUCAUUUUUUGAUUUUCCUUGUAAUUUUUUUAGUAACAUUUUUGUAAUGUUUAUAAAAUCAGUUUGCUGAUUAGUCGAUAAUAAAGUAUGUUAAGUUUUUUAUUUUAUCAAGAUCUUUGAUAAUAAGAAUACUUAAUUAAGUAUAUGAAAAGUUUUUGUACAUCAUAAUGUUUACAGGUAAAAAUCAUCUAGAUUAAUUACAAAUGUAUUUAAUUAAAUAUUUAAACUUAUUUUGCCCAGUCUUAGACUUUAAAUAUUUAUUAUUCGCUUACAAUUUGAUUGUAUUCACAUUAUUGAUAAUUGCACUUUUUGAUUGUUUAAUAUUUUCAUCAGUUUUAAUUUAAUUUCUCUAUAGUAAAGAUUGUUAGGUAUAUUAUAUUGAAAUUCAGCAAUACAAUUAGGUGUUCACAGUCCUUAUCUAUUAUAAAAAUGUGGGAUAUUUAUGGUCAUAUCUGCCUUAGUUGUGUGGUUUUAUUUAAAAUUGAGUUGUCUAUAUUAUAUUAGUUGUCUAAUAUAUAUAUUAGACAACAAUAUAUAUAGUUAUAUUUUGGAAGAAUUCAAAAAUUUUAAUAAUAUAGUUAAUUAUUAUUGUAUCACAUAUGUAUGACAUAAAUCAUAAUAGUCGUACAUUUUUAAUAAUUUAAUUUAUUUUUUUUUGUUGCUUGAAAUAUUUUGAUUUUUAUUCAUUAUAUUAUAAUUUGUUCUAUUUACUAUGUUGAAUGAAAUAGUUUUUGACAGGUUACCAUUAAAUAUAACUCAAUUUACAUUUUGUCUUAUUAUUAUUUUUAGUAGAUCAUUUGUUGUUAAAAUUAUACAUUUUCAGUACACAUUGUUUUAUGCACAAGUGGAAAUUUAGUGUGGGGUUUCAAUUUUCUUGUAAAUCAAAAUUGAAAACUAGUAUGAUUGUAAUGAUUAAUGACUAUCUAAUAAAAUUAUUAUUUUUAAUAACCAAUUGAUAAGUGAAUACCAAAUAUAUCCUAAAUAUAUUUUUAUAUUUAGACAUUGAAACAGUUAAGCUCAUUUUAAACAAAAACAUUUUUUUAAUACAGUUACACAUUUAGCUUUAAACAUGUAUAAAAUCAUGUUAUAUUGAAAGUGUUACAGGGGGAAGUUAUGAAAUCAUUACCUAUAUAAAUUACUUACUGAAAUUUUUUAUAAAUAAUAAAAUACCUCCUGGAGGUAUUCUUAUAUAUUUUUAUUUUGGAAGGGUGGAAAUGAAAUUAAGAUUUAGUGGACUUUGAAUUUCACUCAUAAUUUCAUAAUAUGCAAUAAAUAUUAGUCAUAUUUGUUAGAAAAAUAAAAUUAUUAUUUAGAUAAUAUAUUGUAUAUUAUAGUAUGAUUAUGUAUGUAUGAUUAUGGUUAUUGAAUACUUAUUUUGUUUUGUUCACCUCGGUUUAAAAUCGGUGUCAUAUUUUUAAUUUAAAUUUGAAAGCAAUUGCAAGUCAUUGUAAUAGUUUGUAUUUGUACUACUUAAGCAGAGCUUGGUACUAUAUAGGGUUUUUAAAUAUUAAUUUUAAUUGGUAUUAAAAUAUCUUAUGUUUUCGAGUGUUAUGACUUUAUGAGUAAAGUUUUUAAUAUUUAUUUAUUUAUGAGUGUUUAACCUUGCAUUAAAAUGUUUAGUCAUAAUAUCUAAAGUAAUAUAUUUUCUUAAAAAAAUAUGAAUUCAUAAAAAAAAGGUAAUUUCUUAUUGUAAUAUGUAUUACAAUACAAUUCGUUUUAAAAACUAAAUAAAAAAAAAAAAAAAUCAUAAUAUUUAAGAUAUUUUAUUAGUAGGUACUACUAAUAUAACAUAUUUUAAUAUAAAUCUUAUAUUCAGAAUGUAGCAAGGGAUCAAAAUUGUCUGUUAACAACUUUUCAAACAGAAAAUUUGCUACGAUUGGAAAAUGAUUGACCUUUUUUGUUGUAUUUUGAAACUAGUUGGUGCAUUAAAGAUGUAAUUUUUUGAUUUUCUAAAGGGUUUUCAAAAUAAUUGAAAAAAAAAACACUGGAAACAAAGUUAAAGGAAAAAUGGAUUAAUAUUUACGACAUACCGCUGCUUUAUCGUUUUCAUUAUUUUUAAUUGUUACGUAUUAUGUUUUUUACCAGACAUUUUUUUUUAAUUAAAAAUGUCGAGACCUUUUUUGUUGAAUUUUAGAAAUAUUUAGUGAUUCAGAGAGUUGUUUUGAUUGGGAGUGCGUAAAAUACCUAAAAUAAAUCAGCCGACAGAAUAUACAUUCAAUAUCCCCUCUACCUUCCCAAUUGAUUACCUUCUGCAACAGUGGCGAGGUGGCGAAGUACUCGGCUACGCGAGAUGUAUGUCAGUCUUUUUUAAUCAAUGAAGUUUAUUGGAAAAUAUAUUGGUUUUGUUUGACAAUAAAUUCAAAAUGUGUAAGUGCAUGUUUACACUUGAAUAAUUGAAAUGCUUACAAAUGUUUGAAAUUAAAAAUAAUAAAAAUUGAAAAGUUAAUUAAAUAAUAUUUAACUGCCGGCGAAAAUAUUUUUCUGCUUAAAUAUUUUAUGAUCAUUUCUUGUUCGGCUUAAAUGCGGUCGGUGGAAUUAUUUUUGGCUAAAAUACAAUUCUGCUGUAUUAUAGCCCUCUGUUUUGAUUUUUCAUGUAGUUUUCCUGUAAUAAUUUCCUAAUAAUUAAUCAAAACCGGAAAAAAACGAAGAACUAAUGGUUUUAUUAUUUUGUUUUUUGUUGUAAUUCAGUGAAAAGUAUUUGAAAAACAUUUGAAAUUUUCACAAAAUAUUUAUAUUUUGCUUUUUCUAGACGGGGUAAAAUUUUCAAAAUAUUUAAGUCAUUUUUGAGUUAUCUGUAGACAUAUUAAUUUUGCGAGUUUUUAUGUAACUUUUCUUUUUGAGGUACUUUAUGGAUAAAACUGUUAGACUGCAGCAGAAAUGCUUGAAAAUUCAACAUGAGGUUUAUUAUAAGUUAUACCUAAUAGUACAAAAAAAAAAGUUGACUGUAAUGUAGUAUUUUUUUUUUAUAAGAGUUAACAUCAAAUUUUGUUGUAAAUCGUAAAUAUUACAGCCUUUUAAAACCGAAUUUUGCUUCGAAUCGUUUUUUGUUAGCAGUAUUUCAUCGUUUCUUAUUAAUAUAAAUCAAAUAACCUUAUGUAUCUUAUCUUCCCAACUUCCACCUACUUCCCAUCUACUAGGGAGGUAUUAGGAAGGUUAUUCUCAAGAGUUUUCUCAAUAUAUUGGAAAAUAACGGGAAUACAAUUUCUUAAUAUGCUAUACAGAUCUACUUAAUAUACAGAAAGAGUAAGUUAACUCUAUAGAUUUAUUUUGUACAUUGACUAAAUAGUUAUGGUAGGGACUGCACGAAUUUGAUUACAGUUUAUGAUUAAAAGGAGAAACUUCAUCUGCAGUCAUUAAAUGGGAUGUAAAGUUUUCAUUCGCCCUCUAAGAAAAUUGAAUGUAUUAACAUUUAUUGUUAUUUCUUAAAAAUAUAGAGCAUUGAAUGCAUUCAAGAAUAAAAUUCAACUAAUGCAUCUUUAUAUUCACUGCUUGUUUGGUGUAGGUACCUCAGUAACCGAUACUUAGGUAGUAACAGUUUACUACUUUUACUUUUGCAUUAUAACAUCUUCACUUGAUGUUGGUAUCAAGUAAUUAUUAUUUUUUUUUUUACACAACUAUUAUUAUUUUUAACAAAUUGGGGCACCAUUUCAAAAUAAAACUGGUCGGCCUUGGAGGCGAUUGUUUCCAAAGACGACGACAUUGGUCUUAAAGUAAUUUUAGAUGUAAUUUUUAAUAUGAUAAGUUUAUACAACAUAAAAUGUUUUUUAAACACUUGGUUUGGUUUGUAUAUUUUACUAGUUUCCAACAAGGCCUUGAAGUUACCGGGAACUUGAAAAGUACUAAUUCUCGCCGUACCACCAAAUUUUAGUGUUUAAUAUUUUAUAUAUGUAUAAAUUAUCAAGUUUCGUAGAUUUUCGGGGUAUCGUAAUCACUUCCCAGUAUUUACAAAUGCUAUUUCCUUCAUAUGAGUAUUUGUUUAAAGUUAUCUAUACUUGUACCCUGCACCACCAACUUUUUAUAAUUACCCCUUGGGUUUAGAAAUAAAUAUUGUUGCUUUGGUUGCAUACAUGGUUUUUAUUAAUUUGCUAUAAAUACGUAGUCACAGCUAUUAUUAUGAAUUAUGAUUGUAGUUUUCGAUAUGUAUAAUAUUAUAUUUAUUUAAUUUAAUUUUAUAUUAUAUUAUUUAUAUUAUUAUAAAAUACUUUAAGCUUUAGACUUAAGACUAGUGUUUUCCAUACUCUCACCAAGUUGAAAAUUAGCGGUAGUGAUAAUUCGGGUUUGGAGUUAACACACAUUUUUAUUUUUGUAUGUUCUGCAAGCAAUAAUUGAGCACUAACAUUUGGUAGUAUAGCAGAAAUUAGUGCUUUUAAAGUUCCCGCUAACUUCAUGGUCCUGUUUCCAACUCAAGGUUAAUUAUUGUCUAAUGACAUAUUAACCCGUUAACUCUUUUUCACGUUAUUUGCAAAUUGAAUGUUUUCAAUAUUAUAAUAUAUAAUAGCUCUCUUGCUCGGCUUCGCCCGUGCUAUAAACAAGUUUUUUCCUGUGUCCAUCGAAUAGGUAAUAAAUGCACGUGAUGGUAUUUUAAAUAGUGGUACAGACUUACAUCGCUAAUAUCGCUACACGGUUCCAGCUGGAGCUAUUGUUUCCUAUAUGGGGUAUCUAGAUUUCAGCUUGUUUAACGGGUGUUCCGUAAUUUAUUUGAACAACGUGAGAUGUUGGUUGUUUUUGAUAAAGUUUAUUAUUCGCUUGGUGUACUCACUUCUUCGCAGUUCUGGGGAGCUAUAGCUCGUAUUAACGAGAACUGGUAGUCAUUUAAUUUGUGUUGGUCUUUAAUGAUCCACAUAGAUUGGUGGAGUUGAGUGUCAACUUUUGAAAAAUGGAAACUUCUUGUCCAUACGAAUAAGCAGUAUUCUACUAUACUAUACAGUAAUGCGAUGGCGGAGCUACAAAGAACCGCUGAAUUAGCAUUCCAGCUAAUAGAUAUAUAAUAUAGAACGAUAAAUUAUUAGCUUUUUAAUUUACUUUAUUAAUUUAUUAGUUUAAUAAUACGGUCGACUUUAUUCUUAUAAUUUGUCCUAUUUUCACACUUAUAUUAUUGGCGUAUACAUGUGAGUUGGGAAAAUUAAUGUCAAAAUAUACACACAAAUUUGUAAAAAAGGUUAAGGGAGCUCAAGCAAUAUUAAGACAUUAAAAUGCCUUUUGAAAUGUAUGUCGUUGUUUAGUUGAAAUGUUUCGCUUGUUCGUGAGUAGUUAAAUUAUAAUGUGUAGGUACUCUAUUUUAUUAAACAUUUUCUAUAAUCGGUUGUCACGAAACUUAUUAAAUUUUGUAAAUAUGUAGCUUUAAAUUAACAUAAUAUAGUAAUAUAUCGAUUUAAUUCCCCUAACUAUGCUUUUUAAGUAUAUUUAGUUACUAGCUUUUCAUACAAAUUAAUCAAAUAACAUUUUUAUUCACCUACUUGUAUAAGUGCAAUUAAAAUAAAUUUGAUUUACAAGUUUCCAGAAAUUUCCUGAUGGUUAUACAAUUAAAUCUUUCUUCGCUUUUACGGACGUAUAGAAACGUUAAUAAUAAUAUUUACGUCGUUCAUCACCGUUUACCGUCUGCAUCCUUUUUAGUAAUAGCUACGAAAAUAUAAAUUUUGUAUUUUUAUUACCUUAUUUAAUGGUAAUUCAUAUUUUAUAUAAAAAAAUGUGCUCGGUACACGUGCACAGUUAACAAAUAAGUAUUAUGAUUUUAUAUUAUUAUGGUGGUGAAUUGUUUGAGUAGGAAAAGUACCACUCGUACCUACAUCUGAAACACCUAUAUGUCAGUGGUGUAACUGAGGGCUCACAGACUUCCUCACGGAGAGGAAGCACAAUAAUUCGGGGCCCUUAUUGUGUACUAUUCCCUAAAGUUAAUUGAUAUUUGAUAUUGAGUAUAUACGUCAGUUUAAUGUUUUUAAAUUAACAAAAUAAGUUGAGUAUCUUACAUCUAGUUAAUGUUUCACAUAAAAUAUAUUUUUGGGACUCAUUUUUUCUUUUUGCGGGGGGCCUAAAUAGUUGUGUUACGUCACUGCUAUAUGUAACAUGUUAUAUGUAAAUAUAUGUUACAUUAUAGUUUGGUUUUUACAGUUAUAUUUGAGGCGCCUAGAAUGCAAGGGAUAUAAGUGACAUUUUAUUAAAUUUGAGAAAAUUAAGUUUGGAGUUAUUUGUAUUUAUUAUAAUUAUUAUAGUAUCACUGUUCUUGUAUUCGAACGAUAAAAAAUAGUUUUAGACACUUGGCAGUAAAGAGACAUAAGUGAGUUAACAACUGUUGUGGGCUCUUGUAUCUAUUUACUUCUAAUCUAUUAUAGCAUUUUUAUUUAAAGACUAUUUUAGUAUUUUAGUAUUUGAUACUAGAUUAUAGCAUGUCAUGAUGAAUAAUUUACUUACACCUUCUUAUUUACUUGUGUUCCUGGUGCCUUAUUUAUAAUCAAUUCAUCUAGUAUACUUAAUAAUAGUAUAUUUUAUUCAAGUGUUUAGUUAAGGUUAUGUUUAACUAUUUGAGUAUUUAGGGAUAUACAAAUUGAAUUAAACAAGUAUGUUCUUGAAUACUUAUAAUGAAGCCAUUAUGCAUUUGGAAUUAAAACAUUGCACAUUUAAAGAGGAUCCUUGAGGAUAUUUGUGAGAAACGGGGAUAUGUCCGAAAGUAUAUCUGUGUAUUAUUAUUGUAUAAAAAUUAAAUUUAUUUUAAAUCCCCUAAUACAUAGUUUAAUUAUAGUGCUAUUGUAGGUACUCGUAUUAAAAGUUAAAACAACAGUGUGAUAAUUUUAUAGCUCGUUUUACGCUAGAUUAUUAACUUAACAUUUUUAAAUUAAAAAAAUGCGAAAUUAGAAUGUUAGUUACUUUUUCUAUUACGCUAUAGAUAUUCAUUUGUUUAGGUAUAAUGUUUCUAUUUAGUACCCUUAUAAUGCAAAAUUACUUGAUGUUAUUUAUAUCAAAUAGUUUUGUUUUCAAAGUUUGAUAAUUAAUAAUGAUUGAUUUGAAGCUGUAUUUGCCGAUGAUGAUACGUCGUAUAAUUAUUUUGCUUUUGAUCAUAAAGGAUGGAUUUAAUUGAAUUUUAUUAGUUUCUGAACUAAUAUAAAUGAAUUUGUAUAAAACUGUAAACAAAUUAAUUAAUUAAUUAUAAAUAAAUAAAGAACAUAGCUUAUUUAUACUUAAUAUAUGUUGAGUUAUAAUAGUGGAUCAAAGUUGUACCUUUGGUAGCAAGACAAACAAAAUAAUUAAAUUUAUAGUAAAAAAAGAACUGAUAUUGAAAAUGGGUGCGGUCACUGUAGUAUGGAAGGUAGGAUAUAUAAAGUUAUUUAUUAUACCUGUAACUAACGAUAAAUAAUAUGAAAAAUAAUCUUAGAGGCCGGAAAUUUCAAUGAAUAUAUAUAGUCUCCUACAUACAGUGUUUUCUAGAUAUGGUACAAUUUUCAUAACAUUCUGGCAAUUUUUCAGUUUUUUUUAUCUUUUUUAAAAUGUUUGAAUUUUUUUAAAAACUAUAUGGUUUCAUGUGAUUAAAAGUGUUUUGGUAUGUUACAAUUAGUAGGAGAAAAAAGUUUAAUGCAAUGUAAUAAUUUUUUUUUAAGCACUUAAAGUUCAUAUUUGAAAAUGCUAUUGAUCAGCGUCGGAUCCAGGCGUUAUUCUAGAAGUGGAUUUUAUUAAUAUAUAUACGAGGGCUAAUCAAAAAGUAUCGAGACUGAUAAUAUUACUCGGUAACCGAGCGUUGAGGAGCAAAACGAUUUGUAAACCUAGCUUCUAUGACUUAUACUGAGCACAUCUAUUCGUAUAAAAUCUCUAUAAACUUCUUCGUUUUGAUUUGACGAUAUUUUUUUAAAAAAUUUUUUUCACGUUUGGCGAUUUCGUAAUGAAUCCAAAAGAAGCGGAACUCGCUGCCACUCGAGGGCACAUUUUCAGUAUUUCAAUUGACAUUUAAUGGCAAAAACCAUGAAAUGUUGCAUCCCUCUGAAACUGGAAAAAAAUGCAGACAAAUUUUCUAAAAUNUAUCAGUGAAAUCAAACCGAAGAAUUUUAUAGAGAAGUAAUAAAAACAAAUGUACUCAGAAAAAGUCAUAGAAGCAAGUGAUACCAAAUAUAAUGCUCUUCGAUGCUGCUUUUCUGAAUGAUACUACCAGUCUUGAUACUUUUUGAUUAGCCCUCGUAUAUAUAUUAUAUAUUAUACAAAUUAUUGUAGAAUUUAAGAAUUACGUAAAAAACUAAGCUUAAGAAAGGGCGAUUAUUCUAUCGUCCUCCCUUGUAUUUGCUACUGCGUCCUAUUGAAAGAAAUAGUAUAGAGGCAUGCUUAAAUUUCUGAAAAAUAAGUUGAGAUAGUAGUUCUUCCUUCUGCGCCCCCCCCCAAUUCAAGCAAUUAUAAUUAGUCAUUUAAGAAUAUACCCAAAAUAUAUGGUAUUAAACGUGUACAAAUAAUUUGUGUUUAAAUAAAUUAUUGAAUAAUGCGUUUUACUGAUGUGCACAGACUUUCGAUAAAUAUUAGUUUUUAUACUUACCAUAUAAUGUCCUAUUCAACUGAAUUAAGACAAAACAAAAUCUUUAUUGAUUUCUAUAACCAAAAUUGUAUAAUUUUGUCGAAAUUUAAAUACCUAAUCGAAUAAAAAUAGAAAACUUGAUCAGUAUUUGUUCAAGUCUGCAGAAUUGUUUAUCCAUUCUCCGUUGUCUGUAUAAUUUGGAUAAAUAUUACAUUUUCUGUUACUCGUGCAUUUGCAGGAAAUCCGAAGAAAUUGUAUUAUUCAGAAACAUAAUAAUGAUUAUAUUAUGGACUUAGAACUGACAAUUGAAUAUAAUUAUGUUUGCAUUUAUUUUAACUGAUUGAACGAUGUUAGUUAUGUGUUUCAUACAUAGAAUUAAAUUUUUUUUUUCAUGUAAUUGUACCUAUAGUUUAUUUAUUUAUUGAACGAAAUUAGUGUUAUAUAAGUUUUGGCUUGUUAACGAGCAAACAUUUUUCAUUUUAAUAAACGCAACAUUAUACGAACGUUACGGUAUAGGGUAUACUCGUUUUGUUAUAUGCAACCUAAUCAAACAUUUUAGAUUUGUAUUUUUCUGAAAGACUUACUUUCAAAGUAUACAAUAUAAUAUUGUACGUAUGUAUAUUUAAAAAUUAAAAAAAUGUCCUAGGAUAAUGGAGACGGGUGCAGCCAUUGUUAUAGGUAAUUUAAUGUAUACCUGUAAGCAACGAUAAACCAUUGCUAACAAUAAAAACGAUUUUGAGCGUAGUUCAGUUGAUAGUGAUGCAUUGUAAACAAUAUAUAUGUUAUUUGCAUAUGAAUACCAUAUAGGUACCUAAACCUUCUUUUUGGUCUACGUAUUUUAAAGGACAACGCUCGAUGUUGGUGGUAAGUUUAUUAUUUAACAUUGGGGGGGGGGGGAGGAUCGGUUUGUCCUGGAGGCCCUCAAUUUCUCUCCGCGGCCCAGAUAGUAAGUAGGUGUAUUUAGUUAGUUGCCUAUUAAAAAGUUAAAUAUUACAUUAGUAAUCUUCACAAAUUAUUUUAUGGAUAAAAAUUAAUACUCUGAAAUUUUAUGAAUUAUAAAAAAAUGUUUAAUAAUUAAAAUGAAAAAAAAAAUUUAAUUAAUAAUAAUGAUUAUAAUUUAUUAUAAUAGUAUUAUUUUAAAUUACUUAUACUGAAAAAAGUAUAUCUAAUCGAUAAUUAUUUAAAAUAAAACCAAGAAUUUGAAAUGUAUUUAGUGGUAAUGAAAAAAAUAACAAUUAUGUGGAAUAAUGCAAACUUAUCACGAUUUAUUACAUCGAUAAAUUGAUGGAAUAAAAUUAAAUAGUGAUGGUGAACAAUUAUUUGGACAGUCUAUUUUAUAUUGGGUAACGGUCAUUAAUAAAAUACGAGUACCUAUAUCAAAAAAUUGGAAUUGUACAAAAUAGAGAGGUUCAAUUGUUUUAAGCUAGCAGACAAUCUUUGAAAAUAAAUAAUAUACCAAUUUUAGCAUUUGUAAAUCGAGAUAGUAUUAGGUAAAGAAAUAACUCGUUUUACAUGACAUACGAGUGUUUACUUUGCACAUCAAUGAAUCUAUUGACCUUUUAAUGCAUUUUAAUCGUAGGUGUAUGAAUAAUAUAGUUUAUAUUAACGCACACCAAGCAAUUUUAACUGGGGACAUAAGAAAUAUAUUGGAUAAAUUAUUUCUUUUAGCGCAUUUUUCCAGAUACGUAAGAAUAACUAAGGAUAAUAUAUCACGGGAUAUGUAUAAAUAAAAUAGGAUAUAUUUACCUUCACCAAGACAUUUUUACCGGAGACGUCAGAAUAUCAUAGUAAAUAUUUCCUCCACUCUUUUGGAUGUUAAUCGUAUUCGUAUGAAUAUAUAGGAUAUAUUUACCCCAUUCAGGGCCUAUUUUGCCGGGGUGGUAAACUUAAUUAUGUAUAUAUAUUUACCGAAAAAUAUACCAAUAACCUCGGAUAUAUUUUCCUUCCAUCUUAUCAUAUUUACCGGUAGUUAAAUAUAUACUAAAUUUUUUUUGCCCCCCUAGAAUUUUGCUGCGGGUUAACUUAUCAUAGGAUAUUUUUUAUGGCAGGUAUAUUUAUUUGGUAGGUAAGAUUAGCCUGUUAGACCGGCCAUAACAUUUCGUUAUGAGUCGGCCGGGACAGUUUCUCUGACUAGUAUCCAUCGUAAUGGCAAUGUAACCCACGGAAAACGCCAAUUUUUUUUAUAGAUUAUGUGUCAAAAACAAUAUAUAUAUAUUAUUUUACAUUUAGAUAAAAGUAUUUUUAUGAAUUCUAUUUUUUAGUAGAUUUAUUGGGCAUCGUAGGUUUUUUUGGAGUACCAAAGUUUUCUUCGACGGCUCGCCUUUGCUAAAAUUGUUAAGAGGUAUAUUUACUACAUUUAUAUUGUGUUAGAUAUAAUGUCAGAUGAUUAUUUUUGAAUCAUUCCAUUAGGAUGUGAAUUCCAUUAAGAUCGCUGCAUUUAACUUUAUUAUAAAAACAGUUUUUCUAUUUUUAAUGUGUAUAAUAUACACAAUAAUGUAUAACCAAGUAUAAUGUCAAUAACCUAUUAUAAUAAUAAUUGUAUAAAUGCGAUUAUAGUCUGCUGCAUAAUUAUAUCAAUAAGAAUAAUAAUUAAUAUAACAUAAUAAUUAUUAUUAUGGCUAAUAUUGACUGUUUUUUUUUCUUUGCACAACUUUUCUACGAGUAAAUUUUGCACCGAUUUUCAAGUACAGUACUUUUUCUGAAAGGAAAUCUGAUUGGGGUGAUACUUUAAGUAGGCCAUUUUUAAUUUCCCUAGUUGUUUUCAUAAUAAAUAGGAAACAACAUUGGAAAAAUUGGGAUGAACCGUAGGAAAAUGGGAAAAUUUACGAAAUGUAUUGUUUUCAAUUUUUUUUUGAUUGAGCUACAAAUAUUUUUAGAGACUUGAAGUUAGGAUAGAAAACUUAUAUUUGCUUUUUCUAGAUAUGAUAAAAUUUUCAAAAUGUAGUCAUUUUUGAACUAUUUAUAAACAUUUUAAUUUUACGGGUUUUGUUUACGUAAUUUUGUUCGAUAGGUACUCUGUGGAUUAAAUUGUUAGACCAAACAGAAAUACUAGACAAUUAAUAGGAGAUUUAUUAUAAAUCACACAAAGUUCAUUAUUAAUAAAAUAAAAUUAAGUCGGACUUUGUGGUAAAAAAAAAAAUGGUGCGAAGUAGGACCUAAUUCGCAUUAUCUUUUUUUUCUCUAAACUUUAAAAAAAUAUUAAAAUUCAUCUUUAAAUUUUAAGAAAAUAAUAAAAUAAAAGUUAAUUUUAAAUUUUUUUUACUAAAACAUAAAUUAUUUACAGGAAAUAUUGAAAUGGGUGUGAGACACUCUGUAAAUAUACUUAAUUGGAACGCAUACUAAUAAUUGUGGCUAAAACACAAUUUCACCACAUUGCUUUUUAAAUUUUAAAGUAAUAUUUAAAGUCAAUGAAUGAUAGUUUACCAUAAUUUAAUUUUAAUAAUGUAACAAAUAGUUAUUAAACAUUGAUAUUUCAAUUGUAUUUAUGUAAAAACCUAUAUUUAAAAUUUGUAUAGUGUUCGUACUUGGUGAUUCCUUCGGAUAUAAUUGACGGGUACAGGGAAAACAUCAGAAAAGUGUUAAACUGAGAAAAACGUGUUUUUAAUUUAUAAACGUAACAAUUUUUUUUUUUUACAAAGUAAAAAGUUUUUUUCUUGUAGGCUUAAACUUUUGGCUUUCAUUAUUUUCGACUAAUUUGGUUUUUUCGCCAUUUCGAUCGCAUAAAAGAUACGGCACGUCAAUACAAAUUAUUUGAUACCGAUAUCGCCAUUUUGGAAAAAAAGUGACUUUUCUGGUUUUUUCCUCUGUACCCUUCAAUUGUGAUUAACUAUUCAAAUUUUAGUAGGUUAGGUCAAAUUCAUGUAAAAUUAUUUUAAACAAUACAUUUAAGUAUAGAAAUGCUUUAGUGUAAUUUGUGUACAAAUAUUUACCUACUUACGUAUGCAUAUUUUGUUCGUUUCUUUUAUUUAUUUGUAUUUCAUGAAUUAUUCUGAGUAAUAAUAAAUAUUUUUUUAAAUUUGUUAUUGUCAAAUUAAUACUGCACCAAGGGUGAACAAUUUAAAUACCUCCUAUACUAAAUUGGUAUUUACGUCGCGAUUUCGUUUAUGUGUUGAUUUCAUGUGAAUUGUAUACAGUAAAAUAUAGGUACUAUACUACCUAUGCAUUAUAUGGUUUUGGAAAAAAUUAGGCUUUGACAAAUCAUUGAUUAGUUUACCGAGAUUUUAAAUUUGAUUGACUGAUAAACCGUUUUUUUGUGUUUAGUUGAGUAGUUAAUAUUAACCGUAAUAUUUAUGUUUUUUUUGUAUAUUAAAUUUCAAUAAAUAUAUAUAUUGUCUCCUACAUACAGUUUUUUCUAGAUAUGUUACAAUUUUCAUAACAUUCUGGCAAUUUUUUAGUUUUUUUAUCCUUUUAAAAUGUUUGAUUUUUUUUAAAAAUUAUAUGGUUUCAUGUGAUUAAAAGUGUUUUGGUAUGUUAAAAUUAGUAGGGGAAAAAAGUUUAAUGCAAUGUAAUAAUUUUUUUUCAAGCACUUAAAGUUCUUAUUUGAAAAUGCUUAUUGAUCAGCGUCGGAUCCAGGCGUUAUUCUAGAAGUGGAUUUUAUUAAUAUAUAUAUAUAUAUAUUUUAUAUUAUACAAAUUAUUGUAGAAUUUAAGAAUUACGUAAAAACUAAGCUUAAGAAAGGGCGAUUAUUCUAUCGUUCUCCCUUGUAUCAAUUGUGUAUUAAAAUCCUUAUAAAAUAAAAAUUUUAUAUUACACUCAAUUUUCAAACAUUUCUGUUUGGUUUAACAAUUUUAUCUACUGAGUUACUUAAAGUACCAUCUAGAUAAAAUUUUCUUUCAACAAAGUACUAUAUUUGAAAAUCGAAGUAAAAUUUUUGGUAGAUAAAUUGUUUACAAAAAAAAAAUUAACAUUAUUGUAAAAUCAAUACUUUUCUCGCUUCGCUCAGAAUCUAAAAUAUAAUCCAGAGAAGAAAUGAGUUAACUUUUAUGUUUGAAAAAUUUAAUUGACCUAUUUUCAAACCUUGUGAUUUUAAGAUUUAAUAGGUAUUUAAGAAUGUUUUAAAAUUUAACCAUCUGUGUCAGAUUUUGUUUUACAAAUAAUUCAGCUUAUUUUAAUUUAGACAGAAAUUUUGAAUCAAAAAUAUUUUGUUCAAAAAUAACUAGAAAAUUAUAUCAUAAUUUCUGUAAGGAAACGAACUUACAACAAUAAAAAUAACCACUUAUAGUAAUUUUAAUUUUACGAUUUCCCGUACUAAACGUUGUAAAAGCCUAAUUGUGUAAUUAGCUGUGUACCCACAGUUGUUCUUUAUAGGCCUUAAUUUAUGGUGGUAUUUUUAGUAUUUUAAAAAAAUAUUUACAUUAUUUUUAUCAUUUAUAUUUACAUAAACUGUACAGGUUUUCCAUCUUUAUAUAUUAAUUUGUAUUAUUAGAACGUAAAUUAUUUUUAAUUAUUAUCUGAAAUAAAUUAAAUUUGUGCAAAAUGUAGCUAUAUUUAAAAAAAUGAAUGGUUCAAGUUUUCAUACAUAUAAUGAUAAAUUAGUUUAAUUUAAAUAACUGGUUUACUGUAAUACGAAGGAUCUAUUUUAUUAUAUUUCUCGGUUAAAUGAUCUGUUUUACACAAAAUAUGUACAGAGAAAAAAACGUUAAUAUAAUCCACGUAUAAAAAAAAUUAAAAUUUGAUAUCAAAUCACAGGCACCUCGAAAAAUAUUCUGUUUCAAUGAUUUAUGAAUUUUGUCGGUGCUUUAUUUAUAAUGCACAUUAAAAUAUAUACAGUACCUAUGUUAAAAAAUAUUGACUUUAGCAAUGUCCUAGGCGAUUUUUCAAUAAUAUGCCAAUAUUAUGAUGAUUUAUUAACGUAAAAAUACUAAUCAAAUUAUCCAUUUAAAUCAAUUCUUUUACGAAUAAAUAUAUAUAUAUAUACAUAUUAUAUAAGUACACCGUAAAAUAAUAUGUUAUUGAUCGGUAUUUGUUGCAAUAAUUUUCCAUAUAGAAACCUACACGAGUUGUACUGCAGUAGUAUAAUAUGUUUGAUAAAAGAAUGAAAAAAACUAUAAUACCCAACAUUGUUGUGAUUGUGUAUUAAGACGUAUUGUUUUAAUACUUUAAAUAUAUUAAGAACUAUCCGUGUCGCAUAUUAUUUUGUUUAAGCAACCAAAUUAUAUUAGUAUUUACGUAUUCAUUUAUAUUCAAUUUAUAAUUUUUCAGUUUUAUGCAUAAUGGACACGAAGGGUACCGACCUGAUAUAUGGUAAGUUAUUGUUUUUAUUUUUUUUUAUUUUUAGUUUAGUUACUUAUACCUAUGUCACAGAUAUCCUUAUUAGUUCUACAUAUUAACGCGUAUAAUGGAUUUGAAUAGGUAACUAGCUUAUUUAUUCUGGUACUUGCUUAUACAAUACACUUUACUGCUCGUGUUUAUAUUAGAUAUAAAUAUAUAAUACAUAUUAUAUAACGGAUGCGCCUAUAUGCAUACAGGUAUAUAUUUAUUCACAUUUUACUGGUAUGACAUGUCGAGUACUUUGAGUUAGUAAGUUUACACAAAUAUAUAUUUCAAUGCUAUUAUAAUAUUAUAUAGGUAAAGUCAGAUGCGUAUACUAACAAUUAUUUCGUUGGUGGGUAAAAUAUAAUAGUAAUCAUUCAGGGAUUCAAACUGGUCUAAACGGGUUAUAUCAGACGAUUUACAUGGACUUAAUUGAAACCAAAGUCACAAUGUAUGAUUUUAAGACCAAAUAUAAUUUAUUGAAACGAAAAAAUGUUGUGUAACAAACUGUUUAAAUUUUGAAAAAUAUGUUUUUUUUUUACGGUUUUUAAGUGAAUUUUCAUAUAUUAUGUUGAUUAAAUUAUUACUGGUUUGAAAAAUGAAGGAAGCUCAUUAGGAAGAAAACAGGGAACCGAAAUUGAGUGAUAGAGAUAGUGCUAGUUGGGAGCAGUCACGGAAGAAACUAUUCAAUAGUUUUAUUUACACCAUGUAAUUGUUAUUACUUAUUACUUAUAUAUCUAUACGAUUUAAAUUGAAAUAGUUUUUAUCUAUCAGCUUGAUAUGACUGUUUAAUCAAUUUCAUAGAGUAAUACAAAUGUAUUUAAAUAUGUAUUCAUCCAAAUAUUAUAGACGAGGAACGAGGAAAACGUUAUUUAUUUAAUAAUAUGUCUAUGGUCAUGUUUCGUGAAAAAAGUUCUCUUAAAAGUGGCAAACUGAAUUCAAAUUUUUAAUGACGCAAUUUGAUAUUUCAGUAUUAUCAUCACUAUCAUAUUGUCUCCACCCCCCUUCCCUAUACAUACACAUACAGUUUUCAAACGGUUCAUGAUACAAAUUAAAUUAAUUAAAUUCUUAUAUUAUAUAGAUAAAUGUGAAAAUUUUCCUGUGUCGCUUACCUUUUUAUAUCAAAACCGUAGAACAGUUUUAGAUACAAUUUGGCAAGGAGGUACUUAGAUUGCAUUCUGAUGAAAAUCGUAGGCUACCUUUUGUUUAAAAAUAAUAGAUUUCUUAUAUUAAAACACUUAAUUUGUUUUGUUAAUUUAUUGGUUACCAAGGUAACAAAUCUAUCUGAAAAAAUCUAUACGUAGAUAUUUAGUUUGUAAACUACCCGCAUUCCACAUGUUUUUUUUUAAAUUUCAAUAGAUGCAUUAAAUAUAAGUAUUAUAGUUCAUAUGGAAAAAACCGUACAUGUUUGUUGCUAUUGUGAUAACUGAUAAUACCUUUAAUAUUGGAAUAUUAGAUACUUAUACUAUUAAUGUUAAACAAAUAUCAAAAUAACAUUCUAAUUAUUCAAGCAUGCCCGGCACCUUGUACUCACCACCCACAGAUCAUUAUAAUUAUUUAAAACAGUUGUUCAGCAUGGUAAUUUUAUACCACAUGUAUCUGGAGAUGAUUUUCAUGAUAAAUCUAAAGCUUUUAAAAAUAUACUCAUUGGUAGAGAUUAAUAUGAAAAUAUUAAAAUUGAACCCAUGGAAAAUAUUAAAUGUAACUAAUGUACUAAAUAUCUUUAUUCCAAGAGCUAUCACAUACCAAUAUAAUUUAAUUUGAAAUUUAUUUACAUUGUUUAAAUUUGUGUUGCUAUUAUCAUUAACUACUUGUAAAAGAAUAUUUCCUAAGCUAAAUAUAAUAAAAACUAAAUUUAGGGUCUUUUUUACACCAAGAAAAUCUUAACCUACUAAAAUGUUAAUGGAUAUUGAAAAGAAUAUUUUGAUUGACUCAGAUAAAUUGCUUGAUACUGUUGAAAACUCAUCUAGUAAACUAAAAAAAUUACUUUGAAAACCAAUUGUACAAUUGUAUCACAUUAUAAAAUAUUAAGUUAUAUAUAAAGUGGUGUCGAUUCACUUUAACGCAGUAAUUCGACGCGCAUCAAAUGGACGCGGUCAUUUUGACACGGACAAUUGGGUGCAUGACACAUUUCGACGCAUUUUUUUUAAAAUUAUUAUUAUUAUUAUUUUUCAAAAUAAAAGCGUAUAUAAAAUAAAAAAAAGUAAAUUAUUAAUAAAUAAAAAAUUUAUUUCUUAUACAUACAAAUUUAAAUUGUGCACAAUCCCUGUUAUUUUUUAAAAUACAUGUAUAUAUAAAAUUAAAAUUAAAUCAAUUAUUAUAAAAUAUUAAGUAUAUAAUCUUUAGAAAUAUCUAAAAUAUUGUUAUAUUUAUACAUUUAUUUUGUAAAAUAAAUCAAUAAUAAUAAUUAAACAAAAAAAAAAAAUGCGGCAAUUUUAUCGUAAGUCGAAACGAAGUUGCGUCAAAAUGACGUGCUUCGAAAUGUACUAUGCGUCCAAUUGUCUCACGUGAAAUAACUGCGUCCAUUUGACGCACGUCGAAAUGACGUAGAUUCAUAUAAUAUAAAGAAUUAUUUCUAUUCUACAUAACGAUUAAUGUAUAAUAAUAUAAAUAAUCAUAUAUUAAAUAACUAUGUAAUUUACUUAAUUUGUUUGUGUAUUUUAAAUAAGGUACCUUUAAAACAUAAUACAUAGUUAUAAUAUACUACACUACUUAUAAUCACUUUUUAUUAUUUGAUGAAACAUUUUUGGACCCUUAUGGAGAAAAGUAUCUGAGGCCCUUUAAGUACCAAGCCGGUACUGCGUACAAAAAUGAUAAUCACGAAGACUAAUGUUGAAUUAGUAAUAUUGAAAUAUAACUAAAUAUCUUUAUCUACACUCUGCAGUUAGAUUCGAAAUCCAUUUUAAAACACGUAUGUUUUUAGAACUAUUACAAUAGUUAUAGGUCAUGCUGCGGUAAAUCUAAAAUUUGUAAACCAUAAAAAGCCCAAUAUUAAUACCUACCUUUAUUUUACACGUUGAUUUAUUUUUUUUUUUAAAUAGUUGUUUAGUUGUUUUACGUUGAAUUGUAUUUUAUUAAAAAAAAAAAACUUGAAAUUCUACUACAUCAAUUCUAAUGACUAUACACAAAUACAAUGACACAAUGACAAAACAUAAAACUAAAUUUAUGUAUCUAUAGGUAUAUAUUAAAAUAUUUAUGACUACGCGCUAACGUCAUAAAUAAUACGAAUAAUUUUUAGAGAUAUUGACCGUCGAAUAUACAGUAUAAAUUAAUUAUAAUUCAAGGUCUAAAUUAUAAUACGUUCAAUAAAAUUAAAAUUAUGUAGUCACCACUUAUAACCAGAAUUUUAGACACCAAACUUCUAAAUUAAUGUUAGCGGGUGUAUUCAUAAUAUGGAUAUUUAAAAAUUAUUGCUAUUUACAAUGUUUAUGGAUUCCAUACAAUGAACUUAACAUUAUAUUCAAUUCGAAAACAUUAUUUUAUUAAAUGUGACAAAAACAAAUUUCUUGAUAAUAAUUAAUGUUCUUAAACAUUUUUCAUUCAGCAACACUAUAGAUUGAUAUAUUGAUUAAGUAUAUUCGAAUGCCGAUGAUAACAUAAUAAUUGAGAGGUAUAUAGUUUUUCAAUUUGCUGUUGUUAAUGCGAAAAUAACUAGAAUGUGGAUUAAAAUUGUAUAGGUAUUAUAAAGUGAUGGAAAUUGUAAUUCUUAGUUGUUGAAUUAUUCGAGUCGUCUUUUAAAUGCAAUAUUCAAUUAUUAUAUUUUUUUAAAAAUAUUUUUGUUUAACGCCUGUAGUAUAGGUGACAGAUUAUGCACGCGAGCUUGUUACACUUACAGCAGAACGGCGUAUAUUAUGCAUAUAAUUUGAGUUGUUGAAUAUUCAACAAUAAAAUAUAUAUUUAAGAUUUUAGGUUACUUAAGAUGUGUUUAGACUGAGGUAGUCAAACGGGGAUGGAUGAGAGAGCAUAUCCUCCUUAUUAAGAAUCACUAAAUUUAUAUAUUAUAUUUAGUAUAAUAUGUAGGGUGUCAAAAAUUAACACAUAUUAAAAAAAAGACGUGUUUUUACUUAAAAUUGUUUUCUUGUUUAUAACAGUCAAUAUACAUAAUAAAUAAUUAAAUAUAUCACUAUACCCAUAUAAGAUGUACCUAAACUAAAAUAUAAUAUUUUAUUGUUUUUAAAGUAAAAGUUAAAAUUCUUGGUGGGCCAAGAAUUAUUAUUAUUUUUUUAUGGUCUUUUGUAAAAAAGGUUAGUUACCACUUUUAUAGUAUACGAGUAGUGAUUCAUAGUUAAAAAAAACAAUUAAAUAAAUAAUAAUGGUUCUUAAAAAUUAUCCUUAUCCCCCCCCCAUCUCUUAUGGCAAAAUCAUUUGACUGCCACUGUUACUGCAGUUACUAUCGAUGUGUAUCAUUUUUUGUUUACAUUUUAGUUGAAAAUAUUAUUAGCAUGUAAAAUUAUGUGAAGGUAUAAUAUAGUUUUAAAAAUGUUUGUUCAAAUUGUAUUGUUACUGGAAACGAUUAUUAUUAUCGGUACGUUCUCGUACAAUAAUGGUCAAAAAAGUUUUUGUAAUAGUCCUUCUGGAUUUUCAUAAAAAUGGAUUAUAUAAUUUUGUUAUUUUUAUAUUCUUUGGUAGUUUAAUAAUUUGUAAAAACUUCCGAGUUCUUUAAACUACUCUUGAGAAUGUUUUACAAAAAUAAAACCAACCCUAUACAUUAUCGUAUAUAUAAAACUGAUAACAUUCUCGUUUUCUCGAGAUUUUAAAAUAACUAAUAUACUAUUUAAUUUAUUUUUUAUCAACUCUAUACUAUAUAAAUAUAAUGUAUUUGUUACACAAUAUAAUAUUGCGUAAUACAUUAAUAUGUACAAUAUUAUAUAUAUCUAAUUAAAAUGUCAAAAUAUCGUUCGGACUGUUUAGAGUAGGUGAGUGACCUUUUCCAAAUGAUAUUCAACUAUACAGGGUGAUUCACUAAAAUAACUUAAAUUUUGCAUGUAUUCAAAUUCUGAUUUUUGGAAUGUUUAAGUGUAGUUAAAAUCGAUAUUUUCAAAUACUUUGAUUUUUCACAAUAUUUAAGGAAUAUUCUGUGGUGAUAUCAACUUUGGUUUUUCAAAUGAAAACAUGACGUAUUAAAAAUUCCGUAAAUAGAUAGAGUAUUCUUUAAAUAAAUUUUGGUGUUAAAAGUAGAAUAUCUCGUUAACGGGUUGACGGAAAUAAAAAAUUUUAACACCAAAAUUUAUUUAAAGUUAUAUUCCAUUUAUUUACAGAAUUUUCAAUAUAGGUUCUCAUUGAAAAACCAAAUUUGGUAUCUAAGUAUUUGAAAAUAUCGGCAUUAAAAACACUUAAAAAUUCCAAAUAUUAGAAUAAUUCUAAUUGUUUGAAUCAAAAUCAAAUCAAUCAAAAAAAUGAGUUGAGCACGCUUAGUGAAUCAUUAUGUAUAUAAAAUACUUACAUUAAGUUCCCUUAAUUCCUUCACGCAUAAAAAGAGUAGAGUUGAUUUCCAGGAACUCUUUUUUUUUUUUUUUUGUUUUAGACAUUUAGUGAUAGUGGGUAAUAGCGCAAUACAUUGAAAUUAGUGAUUUUCAACCACUGAUUUUCAGUAUUCUUGUAUAGAUUCAUGUUUAUAGAAUUAUUGAGUUCAUAUUAUUUUAAACAAUGAACAAAUUUCCUCCACAAAAUAAUCAUGUACUGUAAUUUAUAUUAUAUAUUACUUGUAUUCUACUUACUUAAUAUUUUAUAAUAACAGAUUGUAAAUAUAUUUAAUAAUAAAAAAGAAAAAAAAGGUUAUAACCAAUUAAUUAAUAUAGUUUUGUAUAUUACUAAGAAAUUUAGAUUUAUAUAUCAUUAUAAACCAUACCGAGUGUCACUGAGUGGAUAAUACAAUACUUUAUUUAGUUUCAUACAAGGUCUGGGCUGUCUUUAUACAAAUACGGAUAUAAAUAUUAUAAUUAUUUCGAUAUUUUAAUUGCCCAAUUAUUAUUUUUAUCAUUAAAAUGACUUAAAAUUAACAUUAAAUGCAGUUAAUACCUAUAGAUGUGCAUUCAUCAUAGGAUUUAAAACACACGGAAAUACCUAUUGGUUUUGCGGUUUAGACUUCUCGAUAUUAAAUAGGUAUUAAAAAAAAUAUUAACGAACGUAAAACUUACAAUGUUAAAAAUAUGUAAAUAAAUACAAAUAUUUUAUACAUUAUUGUAUACAUACAAUUUUAAAAAUAUUAUAUUUUACGUGUCCCAUAUCUCUAGUUUAGAUUUGGUUAGGUCAGGUGUUUUGUGUACCUAUAUAUUUUCGAAAUAUUAAAAUAAAAUAUAUAUUUUGUAUCAAUUUUUGGUCAAAGUAGGAAAGAGUACUUAAUUGGCAUAUAAUAUUUGAAGAAAGUUUGGAAAGUCGUUUCGCCUGAUCACUCUGUAUUCGUUUAUAUCUAUAUCUCUAUUAAACUUCAACCUUUGAAGUGAACAAUUACUACACAUUUCAUGCUGUACGUAUCAUGUAUGUAUUAUAUUAUAUGUAUUAUAUUAAAAAGGUUAGGUCUCAUUAAUAACAAUAUUAUAGAAUUCGUUGUAUAGAUCGAUUGCCGGAAUACUAACUCCCUUCUGUAUUUUCAAUAAUUUUGUAUAUUAUAAAUAGUCGAUUUGAUGGUGUAAUUUACACACCGUCUUAUCUUUUUAUAUGGUUAUACUCGUAUCCUAAUUCUUUGUGCUGUGCUUCAAGUGCUAAUAAGAAAACCUACCGUAUUGAUAACUGCAGCUACAAUAUUAUUAUUAUUCUAUACAGUCGAAAGUUCUCAUUGCGUUAUCUAUAAAUGACUUCGUGAUUGUACACGACUUUUGAUUGCAGUGUUUUCGAUUAGUUGCCGUUAAACCGUAGACGAAUGUGAUUUACUUUAAUUACAAUUUGUUUUUGACACUGUCGAGUGUAACUUUCAUAGUAGGUACCUAUUAUAGGUUAUAAUAAAUAUUAAAUAAAGAUGGACGAACACAUAAUACACGAAAAGGAUACUUACGGCACAUUUUUAGACGACGCUACAUCAGAAACCUCUUUAUUAAAUGACAAGUACGUACCUACCUAUAUAUACCCAACACAGUUGUUUAACUUAUUGUGUAAAAUGUACAAAAAAUGAUUAUUUAAUCGUGAAAUUAUUAUUCUAUUUAGUAUACUUACAUAGUUUUUAACUAAUCAUAAUUUUAUUAAAAAUAGGUGUUACCUAUAAUCAUUUUCGAUUUUGAUUUUGAACAGUUUUUUUUUCAACGGAAUACCAUCAUGAAGAAUUUAAUCUCAUCAAUUAGUAUUACAAAUUAAGUUUGGUUAUAAAACCUAUAGCUUAUUAAAUUUUCAAACCAGUUUGAAGAACAAAAUGGAUUAUUAUUAUUACUGUUUAAUUAUAAUUUCAUUAUUGAAGGGAAGGGCGUCGGCAUUUUUAAUUUUGUAAAUUAUUUUAAAUCUGUUGAAAUAAUAAUAUAUGUUGUGCCUAAACACUUCUCGUAGUUAUACCCUAGAUGAAACUAAUUACUAUUUUAUAAAUUGAGCAUUAUGCUUGAGUAAAUCAAAAAUAAUUAUUUGUGUAGGUUCUUAUCAAUAUGUAUGCGUUGUCUUUUAAUAACUGAUAAAACAGUUUACUGUAGUCUGUGAUAUAAAAUCAUUUCAAACACUAGAAAUUCACUUUUCUCAAUAUUUUUGAAUACUAUAGUAAAUUAUGUCGUUAUAAUAUAUAAAUAUAUAAUUAUAUUGUAUAUUAAUACAAGUAAUCAUAAUAAUAUAAACUCGUGAAAUAUAUUUAUACUUAAUAAAAGAGUAGCCAUGAAUUUCCUGUAUUUAAUCUACGUGAUUUAUAAAAUUAAAAACAGUGUUUUGGUGAUAAUUAUAUUCUGGAAUCAAUUAAAGUAAUUGCGUUGUUUAAUUGAUUUCAAUUUGAUGAUAUAUUUGACUAUAAUAUUAUUAAUUAAUAAUUGAUAGGUUUUAAUUAGAACUAAAAUAUAACAACUAAACAUACAUAUUAAUUAUUUGAAACAAUUAUUAUUAAUUUAUUGUGUUUUUUACACGGCAAUAAUAAAAGAGCUGAUACUAAUGACGGAUAUGCCACUGUUAUAAGCAGGUAGUUGUAAACGUAGAGCACAUAAAACUGUAAAUUAUAUCUGUAAACAACGAUAAACCAUUGCUAAUGAAAAACGAUUCGGAGCAAAGUUUGAUUAUACAUGUUUUGAAAGGCCGUAAUAUUUACAAUUUUUGUCAAAAUUUGAUAUGAAUUACAUAAAAAAAUAAAAUACUACAUUACAUUCAAUUUUACUUUUAUGACUACUAAGUAAGACUUAUAAUACACCUCUUGUUCAAGCGUUCCUGUUUAAUCUAACAAUUUUAUAUACGAGUACCAGGCAAAUAAAAAUUACGUAAAAAAGUAGCAAAAUUAAAAUGACUAUAUAUCUCAAAAAUGGCUCAAAUUUUUUGAAACCCCACGUUUAGAAAAGGCAAAUAUAAGUUUAAGUAUUCUGUGACAAUUAAUGAAUAAAUAAAUAAAUUUGUGAAAACAAUAAAAGCAUUAUUUUCGUAAAUUAUCCAGUUCUUUCUGUUUUUAAUAAUUAUUAAAAAAACUUCAGGGGAGAUCAAAAAUACUACUCUCCAACUCACCAACUAAAUUAAAAAUGCAACAAAAAUGGCUUUAAUUGUUUUUAUAUUGGAUCAAUAUUUCUAGUAGAAAACAUAAAGCCUACAAAUUUGAAAUAAAAGAAUCAUUUUUUUUUUAUAAAUGUCCUGCAGUUUUAUGAUUUAGUUGCAUGUAUUUUGCAUAUAAGAUAUUAUUUACAAGAUAUUAUACUAUGCACAUUGAUGAAAUUACACUUCCAAUGAAGUGACUCCUACCCUUAAUCUAAAAAUUUAAUUCUUUAACUAAGUAAUAUGGUUUUCAACGUUCAGAUGUUUAAUGUCUUUGGAAUUGUCUAAUAAUUUGUGUUUGUAUUUUGGCUCGUGCUUGCGAGCAAACCUUUUGAUUUCGUCUGCUUUUGUAGGUUAUCAUCAUAUCGCGGUGAAUUAUAUCGUAUUUUGCUGAAUCUUUUUUGUGAUUAAUGUUUGAUUCAGUAAAAUUUGGAUGUUAACGGUCUUUCGUAGCGUUAUAGUUAACAUGUAUCAAUUUAUCACCAUUUUUCUUAAUUUUACAACAUUUAUCCAGGCAUAGAUGUUGUCAAUUGACUUUUGUAAGUUAUAAGUUAUAGUUAGUUGAUUCUUAUAUGUCGAAAAAAUUGCCGUAUCGUCGAAAAAUAUAGCUUGUUGUGUUGUCAUUGUUUGGUAUAUCAGUCGUACAGAAUAGGUCCUAAAAUAUUACUUUGUGGUACUAUCCAUUUGACAUAUUUUUCCAUUCAGUUAUCGCUUCUUUAUGCAUGAUUCGGAAUUAACGGUCGGUUAAGUAUGCUUGAAGAAGUGCAUUCCAAGUAUGUGGCAUUUGUUCAUGCAGUUUUCUGAGAAAUUCCUUGUGUCAGACUUUAUUAAAAGUUUGAGUUACGUCAAGAAGCACUCCACAGUAAUACUUUUUUUCUUCGAGAGCUUUAUUAAAGGAGUUUGAUACAAAUACACAUUCUAGGUGCCGAGCAUAUAUUUUAUUAUUACUACAGUCCCAUCAUGAGUGUGGUCGCAUGGAUGUUCAUUCGAUGUAUACAUUCGAUAGCCACGCAACUGUUCCACGUAGGUAAAUUAAGAAAUUAUAAUGCCGUGAAUUUAUCAGUUUUCAUUUUUCGUAUUUUUCAUAAUUAUUAAAAAAAAUAUUUAGAAAAUCAAAAACCAUAUUGCUUACUUACCAACUAGAUUAACUAGAUAAAUUAACUAUCACUGAUGUUUUUUGACAUAAUUUUUCCAAAACAGAUACAUUUUUGUUAAUUCAUUCAUGUUCAUAUACUCAUAUUACACAUACUAUAUUUUUAUAUUACAUAGAUUAUUUAAAUUAAUGCAAAUCACUCUGAAAUAUUAACUGGAAAAAUGGAUUUAAUUAAAUUGAAAUUAUUUUAAUAUAGCAAGGGCAACUACGGUAUCUGAAAUAUUACAAUUUAAUAAGCUUAUAUCUUAUUUGAAAAUUUGAAUGUCGAAAAAACAAAUGUUCAUAUUUGUUUUUAAAGUUAUAUUUUUUUUUCUAGAAUGUGUUUCUAGGUAGGGGGACAAUUUCCCGUAAAAACUUUAUUUUGGGAGCAGUAAAUAAAUUGCUUUCCGGUUAUUAUGAAAGUGCAGGCAGGCACUCUAGUGAUGAAGUCUUUUUUUAUUUAUAAGUAUUUUGAAAGGGGCAUGGAUUUAUAAAAUUAGUGCAAUACGAAGUUUCAUUUAUUUUAUCGGAUCAGUUAGAACUGAUCCGAUAAUUUAAUCUAGUCUUAUAGUACUAUACACACAAUACCCAACUCUUAAAUAUAAUAUAUUUAAGACCUAUAUUAUAUAUUUUUAAUAUAACAGUACUUGAAAAAUUAAGAUAGUAUUAUUUUAUAUUCAAAACGAAUAUAAACUGCAGUAAAAAAAAAAAAAAAAACAGGAUUACUAUUCAAUCAAACAUUUUUACUGCGUAGUUGAAUAUAUAUAAUAUAUAUAAAUAAAAUAAGUAUUCGGUUUCAUUAAAUUAUUAUAUACGAACAUUAUAUUUUUAAUUAUUGUUUACCCAAAACAAUAUUUUAUUUUAAUGAAAGCCGGUCUUAAUCUCUAAAACGAGAGUAUAACUACAGUAUUACGUUGAAUUAUAAAUAUUUAUUUUAAUGUACAUUUGGAAAGGCGUCAUAAAUCAUUGUAUUCAAACAAUUAUUAUUCUAGGUACAGGCGAUUGUAGUAUGUUUAAAGGUUUUUUUUUCUUAAAACAAAUAUAUAAACACUUAUAAACAGGCUUGUUUGAAAUUUCACAUUUUUAUAAAAUUACUGUGAAAUUUGAUACAUUUCAUUUCAGAGUACUCGUAUCAUAUUAUGUGAUGUUCAGUUUUCUAUUAACAACACGUAGGUAUAUUAUCUCUUGUUAUGGAAAAUGUGGUAUAGUUUUUCAUGUGAAAACAUUUAAAUCGUUCCUUAUUAUGUAUAUUAUGGAAUUCGACAUGUUUUGAGAAUAUUUAAGAGUAUAAAUUAUGAAAACAUUAUUUUAUGAAAUUUUUAAUUUUGGAUGACAGAAUGAUCCAUGCGGCUACACUCAAUGUUUUGAAGUAUCUUUCAAGUAUAAAGAACAUAGUACAGUGAAAAAUAUGAUUGUUCGUAUUAGUUAUUCUUUAAAUAAAAUAGCUACAUGCUAUUUUAAGAGGACAUGAUGAUUAUGCUCACUAAUUAUAUAACCGACAUAAUAUAAUUUAUUUGAUCAACUCAUUGUUUGCAGUAAUUAUAAAUAUUUAAUAAUUUCGUAAGAACUUAUAUACUAAAAAGGUCAAAUAUAAAUGUGUGUUAACAGAAGGUCAAGCCAGUAAGUCUUUGAAAUGCAUUUUUACAUUUAAUUUAUAUAUUAUAUUAUAGUUUUAUAAUUGUUUUUUUUUUUUUGUUCUAUCGAAGAUUGACGUUUGUACGAAUACAUUUACAUUUAUAUACCCAAUUGAUCUUAUAAUAUAUUCACGUUGCGUAAAUUAACUAUCAUCAUGGCGUCUUUUUUAAAAUAUAUUUUUAAUAUAUUUAGUAUAUUUUAUGGUAUUUGAUUGCGUCUAUUGGAAAUUCAUCACCUAUAUUAAUAUCCGUAUUGAGAUUUAUCUAGACGAUUCAUUCAUAUAAUAUUUGUUAAUAUUUUAUUUUAUUUAGAUUAACAAAAUUUAUUAACAACUAUUUGAAGUUUGUUUAAGAUUUAAAAAUAAAUAUCAUUUUAGCAAUUAACUAGAUUUAAUUAAAGAAAAAAAUAUUUUAUCUAUAGGUACAAGAAAAUAUUAAACAAUGCUAUAAAGUUUUAUUUACAGUUAAAAAUUCGAAUUUCCUUGUUUGUGAUUUAUAAAAUUUAACCACUCAUAAAAUAAGUAUUAUAAUGUUAUCAUUGAUAACAUUAAUAACUUAUCAAUUAUAGAUAAUAAAAAAAAUAACCUUUUUGUCGAAUUUUUUUGAAAAUUGAGACUAUUGCGCUGUGUCGUGUCUGUUUAUUAUAUAUAUUAGGAUGGAUCUGCGGGAUUUUCUUUUUUUCUUUUUUUUUUGCUCUUCUCAUGAUAUUAUGUUCAACUAGGUAAUAAAAAUGUUUUCUUCAAAUUUAUACAUUUUCAAAAUGUUUUUAAAAGUUGUAAGCAUCAAAUUUAUCAAUAAUACUUAGUUGUUUUAUUAGUAUUAUUUUUUUUUUGUCUAAAUACUCAUUUCUCGAAAAAAAAAAAAUACAACAGGUAAAGAUAAUUAGCAUAAAAAAAAAUAGGUACAUUGAUAUUUAAAAAAAAAAAUUGAUUCUUAUUUGACUUGUAGAAAAUUAAAUUUUUGAAAUUAUCAGGUAGUUUUGAAGGGUUUUUUUGGUGAUUCCAAAAAAAUGAGGGGAAAAAAUUAUCCGGACCAGGAUUUUAACAAAUAUGGAUCAAAUCUAAUAUAUAUCUUUUUUCCGUUAUUUUUGGACAUUUUGAGUGACUCCUCUAAGUAAAAACUUAGGAAUUAAGAAUUUUUUUGUAGUGGUGGUAAAAGUUGAGUUAAUUUUCAAUAUGAACGUAGCCAUAUUGUUGCGAGUCGAGGGUGUUUUUUUAAUUUGUAUAUCUUUAUAUACUUCACGAAUAAAAUUAGUAAAAUGAAAUAUACAUAAUUAGAGUAAGUAUUUACCUUUUGGGGUUUAAAUUUUCAUCUCCCAUCCAUACAAUUUUUGUGAUCAAAUUUCACUAUUUUUUUUUUUUUUUUUGGACAUAGUAUAUCUAAUUGUAGUAUAGUAUUAGUAUUAGUAGUAUAGUAUAGUAUUCGGUUAUUUAUUAUUUGUAAUAAGUAUUUUAUUUUAUAUUUUUGUUUGACAAAAUGCGUGAAGAAAAAUUCGGUUUUAGUAACAAAGCACUGCUACUUACAGGUGUUUUUUUAUUAUAUCAAGAUAAAUUCCAAUUUUAUAUUAUCUUAUCUAAGAUAUCUUGAUUUGUAUACAUAGAUAAUUUUGAAACAAUUACCUUUAUUUCGUUCAUCUGUGUUUCAAUACUGAUGAGAAUUCUAUUCUAUAAUUCUAUUCUAUUUUAUUCUAUAAUAUUGUAUUAGAUUAUUACGCUCGAUUUAAAAUUAAUAUAAUAUUGUCAUGUCCGACGAUAUAUAUACCUACGUAUUAUCAUAUAAUUAUUCGUGAUCAUUUAGAAAUUAUUAAAUUGGAAUAAUAUUUUUACAAAUAUGAUGUUUUGUAAAGAAAUAGAAAACCUGUGUGUAAAGUAUAAAUUAUGUAAAAAUUGUUAACAAAUUAUACAGUUAUUCGUUUUUUUUGUGUGUUUACAUCACAAGGAGAGAGGAAUACAUGAUAACUACAGUGGAAUGUUAAAAUCACCCGUGAACCGCUGUAUAAAUAUAAUAAGUGACCGUUUUAUUUUAAUUUAUCGUCUUGUCGGCUAUGCCUGCUGAAAUUAUAAGGUUGUUAAAAACAAAAUUAAAUUUAUUCAUGUUGUGCUUUGGAUAUUACUUUAAUAUAUUCAAGUUACCUAUUUAUAUUUCCCCGGUGUAUUCAAUACAUAAUAUUGUAAUCAUUCACGAUAAAAUAAAAAUAAUUUUUUAUCGUAUGAGAUGCCGCCAUAAUCAGCAUAUUAUAUUUAUACGCGAAUCAACAGAAUUUUAACACGGUUUUGAAUAGGUGAGAGAAUGCGGUUUAGUGGUUAUAUACUAUCAAGUUUGGCAGUUUUGAAAAAUUUAAGAAGGUCGGUGUUGUUGUCGUUCACUAUCUUCGGGUCAUGGCCGAGGAUUUUGCAAAGAUAUCGGUGUAAAGAUAUUGGUUUUUUCGGGGUUCUUAAAUGUGUUACGUUGUGUGAUACUUUUUAAUUAUUUUCUACGAGACAGUUGUGUGUUAGUCAUGUAGGCCAAUUGCCAGGGUAUAGAAUAUAAUAUGGUAUCACACGUAUACAUUUUUUGCUAACGACAAUUUUUCGCGUGUUUAAAGUAUUACAUAUUUUAUAUAAAUAUAUUACAUGUUACACCACAUAGGUAAAUUUGAUAACGGGGCAAUUUUUGCCUAUUCCGUGGAUUGGCCAAGUCAGUUUCCCAAUUCAUAGCGUAUUAAAGUGAAUAUAGGGUAAAAAGUUGAACAUUUCAUGAAUUGGCAACAUGUAUUUUUAAAACUUGACUUAAUACUAUAAACUCGGUUUCUAAAUUUAUAACAUUGAAAAUUAAUAUAUUUUAUAGGUAGGUAUUAAUUAUUUUUUUGUUGAUAAUUACAUUUUUGUAUUUAUUAUUUUUUACAAAUAUUUUGUAGAAAAUAUAAUGUUAAAAUUAUUAAAUCUAUUGUUGUUUGUAUUCAAUUCACUUUAAAAACUAUAUAAAUAAUUAAUAUUAACAACAAACAAUUUAUAUAAAUUCAUAAUUUAUUAAAAUAUCGUUUUAACUAUAAGUAGUACAUAUAUAUUUAAAAUAAUUGUAUGUUACUAGUUUUGCUCAAUUAUGAUAUGGGCUAUUUAUUAAGCGAUCAUUUUUUGAUCAAGCGAUUAUUUUGUUCAUUCUAUGAAUUAAGAAAUUCAUUUGAUUUAAUUCUAUUUCACAAAAACUUGCAAUUUCAUUAAUUGGACAAAUAGUUUACCCCUGAGGUGUAACAUAUAAUAUACUCAUAUUCAUUUAUGUAUAUAUAUUUAAAUAAAAUAUAUAUGUAUAUUCAUUUUUUGUAUAGAUAUAUGUGUAACUGAAAAUAUAGCACCAUUUUAAAAGAUUAAGUCAAUUAGUUAAUUACUGUUUAAAUAGAAACGCAUUAUUUGUAGGGUGCAGGUAUUAAACUAUUCUGCUUUAAAUAAAUCGUCAAUAAUUAUACUUAGUCAUACAAUAUUCAUCAAUGUAUAAAUAAUAAAUAUAAAUUAAUCUAUAAGUAAUUUAAAAAAAUAUAUAAUAUUAAGACUAUUAGAUUUGCACGGAGAUUUGAUUUCUAUUAUGAGAAAUAGAUGCAAUGUCUAUAGAUACCUUGAUAACCAGAAAUUCGAUAUUUUCAUGUGAAAAACAUUCGCUAUACCUAAUGAACAAUUUAUUUGCAAAUAAUUGCCGUGUUCAAAAAAUGUACGCGCAAAAUAUUUUCCGAGAAAAAUUAACAUGGACCCUCGGAAUAUAUUUUAUAUAUAAUUAAGUAUUGUUUGAUUUUACAGUAGUUUUGUCAAAUAUUCGAUAUGCUGUUAGUUUAAUUUAAUUGUUUUGUAUUAGUAAAUAUAGUUUAAUUUCGGGUCUCCGUAGUAAUUGCGCUCUGCAUUUCUGGCAUACAAGUCAACGAAAAAUGAAGCGAACGGCAUAUUUGUUUGACAUAUGUUUACAGUUUAUAUACUAUAUAACUGAUUAAAAUUAUUCUGGUUAAGAGACCAUACGGGUGAGAUUAGGAGUUUAUUUAUGAUAAUGAAGUAAUUUGAAUACAAAGUUUUUUUUAGAUCACAGUGAUAGUAUUAUGAGCAAUGGCUUCAGCGGUAUAACUUAAGUAACGUACGAUAGGAUAGACUGUGAGUAAUUUUGCAGUUAUUUGGUUGCCUUGUUUGAGACACAUCAGUAUAAAUAUAUAUUAUUUUAUUUAUGUACAUCUUCUUGUUUUCCUUCGCCUUCAUUCCAACUUAUUGUGGUCGGCCACCCUCGUUUUAAACUUCCAAUUGCCCCGAUCUCCCACCUCGAAUACACUGGCUGUCUCCAUAUCAUUCUCAAUCGCAUCCAACCACUUCUUUUGUAAUCUUCAUCUCUUUCCUCCUACGUUUAUUUUCAUUAACAUUCUUACUGCUCCAGAUUUCUGUCUCCCCGUAACAUGUCGAAACCAACUCAGUCUAUUUCUCCAAUUUUUUCUACUAUAGGUAUCUAAGCUACCUCUUAUGUACUCAUUCUUUAACAUGUGUUCUUUCGUCACUCCAUUCAUCCACCUAAGCAUUCCCAUCUUUGUUACACUCAUUCUUUGUUCUAUUUUUCUGUCUAUCUCCUAACACUCCAAACUGUACGAUAUAGCAAGCCUCAUCACACUUUUGUAGAAUUAAACUUUAAGUAUCAUUGGAAUCGGAAUGUUCUUGUUACAUAAAACACCUGACACUUCUCUCCACUUUAUCGAACCACGCUUAAUCCUAUGCUUCAUAUCCUCAUUAAAUCCACCGUUUUUUUGCAAAACAAAUCCUAGAUAUCUACUUAAAACUUUUAACUUCAUUACUUAAAAUCGCUUAUUGUGGUUAGCUGUCUUGUCUUGUUCCUCCAAAUUCAUACUCUGUUUUACUUUAUUGGUGCAUUAUUGACGUGCCGUGCGCUGUACCGCCACACAAAUGAUACUCCACUACUUUCCUCCCAUCCAAACUUAAAAGUAGAAUAUCUCGUCAACGGCUUAACAGAAAUAAAAAAUGUUAGCACUUAAUUUUUAAUAACUAAUACUCCAUUAAUUUAUGGAAUUUUUAAUAUAGGUUGCCAUUUGAACAUCAAAAUUAGGUAGUAGUUUUACCCCCAAAAAUAAGAGUGACAAAAAAUAAUAUAAACAUAAAAUUGUAGAGCAGCUUGUUAGCUUGUUUAUUAAAUGUUUUAGAAAAUAAAUUCUGAAAAAAGUUAAUACUUUCCGAGAUAAUUAGUGUACCCAAUUGAAUAGAUCACCUGGUAUGUAUAUAUAUAUAUGUAUAUAGAUAAGUGGGAUAUAUAUAUAAGUAUAGUUAAGUAUAGUUAUAGAUAAGUCGUCGUCCGUAAAAUAAUAAAAUAUUGUUCGAUAUCGAAAUAGCCACGAAUAUGUUACCGUAUACCAUUAUACAGAAAAGGUCAUGACAUCGUAGUUAACGGAUAAAUCUAUGGCCUUUUUCCGAAACCUGUUCGAACCCUGCUGUACUCCUCUCCCGUUUCGCACUCGAUAACUCGCUGAAACGCACACCUGUAGAGUGCAAAGAGACUACGCAUGACUCCGCAGCGAGGACCAAAACACCGCCGUCUGCAAUAAGUAUCUGUUCAAUGUUUAUGUCGAUUUAUAACGUUAGACACUUGUAUAUUAUAUUGUUUAAACAAAUUUAUAGUGUGCAGCGGCUUCCAAACGUUUUAGAUGACGGUGUCCGUUUUUUUCUGGCAGUCCCCGCGGUCAUCAAUUAUAAAUCGGUACCGCGCUAGAAACACGAAUAAAAAAUUAACGCAAUAAUUCUCAUCAUUGAUAAUCGGUUAAAAACAAUAGAAAUUAAAAGCGUUAUUAUAUAUAAAAAAAAAUGUUUUAAAAAUAUAUUAGGCGGCAAAACGUCUACUUAACAUAAAAAUGAACAAUAACUACUCUGAUGUGCGAUACAUGUGGCGAAUUGAAAUCCAACAAAAACCGAUUUACCUAUUACAAUAAAUUAUUGUAAAUAAUUUGUUUAUAGUUCAUGUAUAAUAUAAUCACCCUAUAUAAUAUUAAAUAUGGGUCGCUAUAUUAUAUUAUAGUGAUCGGUUAUGUCCGGCGUAUUACCCGGGAAUACUAGAAUUACCAGUUUUUGCGAUCAGGUAGCGAAAAUUUCAACACGAUUGUCGUGUCGACGCGUUUAUAAAAUGUUAUGAAAAUGUGGUUUUUUUCACAUUAUAAAAUAUUACGGACGCGUUAUUAUAUAUAUUGUAGUAAAUAAUCGUGGCGUUAAUUUAGGUUUAGAUAUUUUAGUAGCGCAGAAUUUAUUAUUAUUGUUAUAUUGAAAUUACGAGGGAUUAUAAUAAUAUGUGACUGCAGGUACUUGUAAAUAUCGUUACUAUUAUUAUUAUUUUUAAAUUAAAACCGCGAGAACGAUAAUUAAAAAAGAAAAUAAAAAAAUUAAGUAAGGCCGUUUUACCCGAAGAUGGGCGGGACGCGUUGGGAGAGAGAAAACGUGCCAAAAUAUAUUUUAUAAUAUAUGUAUACAGCUACUCGUUAUAAUUGGCGAUUGGCGGUUUUUGCAACAAACAAAAACGAUAACGGCGAACAAAAAAAAAAAAAAAACCUAAAAACUUACUCAUAAGCAAUAAUAAUACGUUUUAGGCGUAUUAUAGUUAUGCGAAACAACAAUCAUAAUAAUAAUUAAUAAUUACGAUCGUUUAGCGAUAGCGUCGUGUGUACACGGGCGGUUGCGGUAUGCGCGGUUUAAAAUUAGCAGAAUCCGCCGUACGUUGACGUUAUCAUAGGUCGCAUUCGGAUGAGUUGCGUGCCGUUGCCGGGCACACAGAAAUAUUAUUUCAUUUUUUUAUAGUCUCGCGACGACGCGGCGACGUGUCCUCGGCAACGUUGUCAGCCCCGCAGCACGCGGUUCGAAUAAAGUGCGGCAAAACCGCGGCCAAGUCCGUCACAACGGUUCAAGUCUUCUGCAACGUCGCCGGCGCAGGUCUGGGUUCGCUGUGUGCCUCAUCGUCGCUCGUAUUAUAUCCGCUCUCGGAUCGGCUCUCCUCUUUUCUGCUUCUCGUCGUCGUCGGUGCUCUACGAUAUUUAUAAUAUACCGGUGCGGCGGCGUGCGCUUAACGAACUCGCGUAAAUAUCAAUCGGUACGUGUAUUUUAAUCGCUCUUUUUCGUUUUUGUAUUCGCGUGUUUUCACAACGUACCCAUACGGAUAUUGUAUACGUAUUAUUCGUCGUCGUUUUGAUAGUUAUUUUUGCUAUUUCUAUUCUCGCGUUCGAAUCUAUCGUAUCGUUCUUAGUGGUUUUCAACGACUUUUUUCGUCUAUGUAAUAUCAAGCACGACGCAAUAAACAAUACAUAAUAAUAUUAGCAAUCGCGUUACAUAUUAUACAUUACAUCAUAAUAUCAUAAUAUUAUUGUACAGAAGAGAUAAACAUUGUACAGAAAAACGCGUUCGUAUAUCGUAUUGUGUAUCGGCUCUGGACUCGUGCACCUGCAGAUAUAACAUAAUAUAAAUAGGUAAAUGAUUACAUUUUUAAAAUUUUUUUUAUUGUUACCACGUUUUUAUCAACGAAUAAUAAACAUAGUAAUGCAUCUAGGUAUGUGCAAUUUGCAUGUUACUAUUAUUGUUAUCUGCACGAAUUUUUUUUUAUUACUUUUAAGUCAUUUUUAAUAUUUUCCUUCUCGCGGUAUAAUAAUAUGACGUGCCUAUGUAGUUUGGCGUGAUAUAAUAUUUUUCGUUUGUGAAAAAUCGUUGUGUUUCGAAUGGAUUACCCGUGUCGUCGGUGUUCUGUAUGUCUGUCAUCGGUUUAAUACCAUUCUUUACGUUCGCCGUACAUACAUUACCCAGCUUGACUAGGUAAUUGAAAUACAGGUGUUUGCAUAGUUUGUAUUUUAUACCUAUACACCUUGUACUUACUGAUUAGUGAAGAAUUAUAUAUUAAUAAUAAAAAAUUAGUAACGGGAGUAUAAUAUAUAUAUAUAUAUGUAUAUACAUAUACAAUUUUAAUAUUUUAAAUUCAAUAAUAUAAGUGUAGCGAAUAUUUUUAUCAUAUUACAAAUAAUGAUUCUUCCGAUUCGUGUGAUUUUUUCCUUGUUACGCGUAUAAACACAUAGGUAUUAUAAUAUAAUAUAUAGUUCGCAUUAUUGAUCGGUAUGGCGUAAUAAUACUGCGUAGUAAUUAUUGUGGUCAGAAACGAUUUUUGAAUAUUAAUAUUAAUUUUGUUUGAACAACGAACAAUUUUCUUUUAAUGAAAACUUAUAAAAUCAAGAAGUGCCGAUUUUAUCACAAAAUAAUAUAGAAAUAAAUUAACAAAUAUUGCUUAAAAGAGAACAUGAGGCGGUAUUAUAAGGUUUUUAUUGGACUAAAUUGUUCGAUUUUCGUGUAAGAUGUUCUUCAGUAUACGAGUAAACACUACGAAUAUUAUGUUACGAUGUCUAUUAUCAUAUUAUGUAAAUUAACGCUAUCAUGAAUUAAUCGCGUAAUUUUUUUUUGAGUUCAUAAAAAAAGUAAAAAGUCAGUUAUAAUGUAAUUGUGUCUACGCGUUUCUCUGCGACAAAUAGUUUACUGUAGCGCUUAAAUUUACAUAAUACAUAGUUAAAGAUAAACUGUAUAUAGACCAGCGGUUCCCAAACUUUUUUGGUUCUCGCAUCCCUAAAAGUAAAAAAAAAAUAAUCACUCUUUUCAUGAAUAAAUUAAUUACAAAUUUAUUUUAUUUAAGUAUUCAAACAUUUUUAUUUUUAUGAUAAAAUAAAUCAACCAUAAAAAUUAUUUAAUUUCAAUUUAAAAUAUUAAAAAUUGUUUUUAUGUUUACGAAGAAAAAAACAAUGACAAUUAGUAUUUAAUCUGAAUACGAACAAUGUGUUUGAUUUCCGUUUAACAAGUUGAUUGCCACAUUAAUACCUUAUUUGGUAAUCAUACACUGUUUAUAUCCUAGUCAUUCAUAUUUUAGAUUCUGAGCGAAGCGAGGAAUGUAUUGAUUUUACAAUAAUGUUUUUUUUUCUUUGAACAACCUUUCUACCAGAAAUGUUGCUCUGAUUUUGAAGUGUAGCAUUUUUCUGAAGGAAAUUUGACUAAAAAGCAUAGCUUGUGGCGGGUGCAGCUGUUCAGUAACAAUAUUGAUUACAAUUUUAAAUCAAAGAAAAAUGUUAAGAGGUAUAAAAUAAAAAAGGUGAGAAAGAGAAAAAAUAAUAAAUAAGACAUAUUUAAUAAACAUCAGAAGAAAAUUGACAGACUAAUUUUAUCUGAAUUUAGCACAUUUAAAUAUUUUUUAAAAUGAUACUUGCUGUAGAACAAUCACAAAUUGUAUACAUAGGGAAAUACCGACAUACUGUUUUCCUAUCAAAUUCUUUAUGGGUAUUGGCAUAUUCAGAUCAACUCUUUGUUUAUGGCGUGUAUAGCAAGUAUGAGAUGGUGAGUAAUUUUUUAAGUCUAAAUCAUAAAUGCUGCUUAGUACAUUCAAUAAAUAUAAGCCAUUUAAUUUUUUACAUUGAGAGUUUUGUAUAGAUCAAUAACAUGAAAAUCAUAAGAUUUACAAAGAAUAAAUCUUAAAUGAGAGUUUAGCGUGAUAAAUGAUUUAGGGCUAGAUUAGAUGCAUCAAAAUGUUGAUUAAUAAUUCUUCCUUAAUAGUUCUUCCUUUGUGGUUGUGAAGAUUGAUAAUGGUUUUUUAGUAAAUAGGUCUUUCAUCCAAUUGUACUGUUUGAUUCUUUCUAGAAAAUAUUUCACGAAAUUUCUUUUAAGUAUCAUCAGAUAAUCAGAAGUUAUUGUUAUUGAACUCGUUGGUAAUUCAAGAUCAUUGUCUUAAAAAAAAUGUUUUAGAAGUAGAAAAUAAGUGGUUUUACCGUUUUUUUCUGUCAGUUUUCUUUGCCAUAAGUCGAUUUUUUAAUAAAAGCAUCCACUUUAUCAUAUAAUUGCAGAAUAUGAGUUUUGCUUUACUUUGUAAUGAUGUGUUGAACAAACAGUUUUUCAAAAAUAUCACAUAAAUAAGCUUAUUUGAUUAUAAAAUUACGUUUUAUCGAAAUUAUUGUUGAACUAAAAAUAUAAAUAUUUACCUCGCGUCUUCCCUGUUAAGGACUUGGGCCUCCCAAGGGAAGCGUGCCUCACAGUUUGGGAACCACUGAUGUAGACUAGUAUAAUAUCAUGUAUUCGGUUAUUAUUCGAUAUUUAGUUAAAUUUGGUUCAUUGAAUCCUACUAUAAGUAUAUCUAUAAGCAGUUAUAAACAGUUACAAUAAGCUGGAUAAGUUAACCAAUUGUUUUUAACUAGUUAAAGUUAAGUUAUCCUGAAAACAAAAAAAAUAACUUAGUUGAAUUAAAGUUAAUUUUAAAAUGGGUAUGAUUUUGAGUUAUUACACGUUAAGUUAAAAGUUACUAUUUUAAAAUAUUGCCUUCAAUUUUACUCUCAAAAAAUGUAUUUUGUACUCUAAUAUUUAUAAACCGGGCCAGUUCAACUUUAGUAUAACCAUAUACCUUAUAUUAUUAGACGUGCUAUGAACGUUUAUGCCGCGGUCAAACAUAGGGGGCGCUUUUUAAUGACUAAUGUACGAUAAUAAAAUGUCCGUGUUCUUAUUACGUUAUAUGUAACGUAAUCUAAUGUGUAAUAAAUUAUCAUCCACUUUAUAAAUUGUAUGUUAAUUCUAUUUUUAAUAAUUAUUUACAAUAUUUUAAAUUAUUUUGAAUAAAAAUAAAAACUGAUUACAAUUUGUGUGGUUAAUUCCAGUAAUCGGAACUGGUUGACAUGUUUCAAGUCAUAUAAGCAUGAUAAUAUAGACAAUAUCAAAAAUUUAGAUUCAUUAUGAGGAAAAUAAAUUGUAAAAAUUUGAAAACAUUCAAAUUAGACUGCAGAUCCUAAAAAAUUAUUGAUAAUACAUAUAAUGUGAUUAUUUCCUGAUUCCAAUACAAUAUUAUUUUGUACAAUAAUAACUGUACAUAUUGGCAAACCUAACGUAAAAUGGUGCUUUAUCAUUGUCGUAUGUUUGACCGCAUCUCGUAAUAUAUGGAACAUACGGAAAGGUUUAUUAGUAUAAAGUCUAUGGGUUUAUUAGUGUAUUACUAAAAACAAAACUCGUAUGUGUACUCCAUAGGCUGUAUAUUCGUGUCUUGUUAUAUGACAAUUACUUUAUUUAUAUGGCACAAUAGGAAGACGUUUGACACGUUUAAGUACUAAUUACUAGGGCUGUGACACGAACUGAACCCGAUACCAUAAUAAAAUUGAUUUUUAUGUUGACGUAGAAAAAAAUAAAAACUGAUUUUUUUCAUUAAGUCAAUUUUAUUUGAUUAAACCACAUAUUCGAGCGUCCUAAAAUUAAAAGCGAUUUAUCUUAUGCAAGUGGUUUUAAGUUCUUUACAUGAUAUAUGAAUAAACCGCUUUAUUUUUUAAAUCAUCUUAUAUAUUGUUCAUGUAAACGAAGUAAAUGAUUCUAACGUAAAAAUACGUAAUUUUCGUCGAAAUAUAAAUACAAAAAACACACGUAGGUACACAACUUUUUAAAUAAAAUAUUCGUAGAUAACUUCUUAGAAAUACCUUAAAUGUUUGCAAAUUUUUUGAACUAUAAGUUAAGAUAAAAUUAUUUAUCAAAAGAAAUAAUUAGAUAAUUUUUAACGUUAUAUAUAAUUUUUAACUGUUUAGAAGUUAAAAGUUAAAGAAAAUUACUUAUGUAAUUUAACUUUUUAAUUACAGUUAUUGUCCAGCUUUGAACAUGCUUUUAAUAUUGUGCAAUAAUAAUUAUUAUUUAUUAUCCUUGUACUGCAGCCUUGUUGCAUUUUAUGCGAUUUUACGAAUAUUAAUAAUUAUUAUCAUCAUAUAUAUAUAAUGUAUAUACAAUAUACAAUCAUACAUAUUAUAAUAAAGUUUUGGUAUCACAUUCGGUGGACACGGUCGUUAGUUGGUUAAUUAUACCAAAUGAGUCAGCAUGCCUGAAUACGCGUAUAUUAGUACAAUUAUUUGUUUAAUUGAAAAAAAUAACUUUAUAUUACAGGGUUUUAAAUUCGAAGUGUAGUAAGGGAUCUAAUGGUUUUAUUAUGAUGUGUGUUUUUCUGUAUGUGAACAAUUUUUUUACCAGUAAUCUUGCUCCAAAGUCAUUUUUUGAUUUUCUUAUGGAUUCUUAUAAUAAUUGGGAAAACCUGGAAAAAAAUUUAUCAAAAAAACGGCAAAUAUUUACGGCAUUACCGAUUUCAUUGUUUUUACUUUUUGCAAACUAUGUUUUCUACCACAGAUAUUUCUUAAUAAAAAAAUGCCAAGUUACCCUUUUUAAUUAAUAUUUGAAUUUAGAUGCUCACGAAGAAAGUCAUUUUUAGAUUUUCUAAGUAGUUUUUAUAAUAAUUGGGAAAAUUGGAAGAAGACGAAAAAUGAAAAACGAACAAAUUUACGGCGUACGGUUUCAUUAUUUUCAAUUUUUUAGGCUUAGUUUUCUACAAAAAUAUUGUUCCAAUAGAAAAAUGACAAGAUACAUUUUUAGUUGAACUUUUAAUCCAGUUGGUGAGCAGUAAAGUUGUUUUUUGAUUUUUGUUUUAGUUUUUUUAAUAACUAAGCAAAAUCGAAAAAAUUUAGAAACAACGGGAAAAUGUGCAAAAAUAAUUGUUUUACUAUUUUUAAUUUUGAGUUUUUAUUAAAAUUCAGAUGGAAAUAUUCAUAGAAUUGAAAUUUUGACGGAACACUUAUAUUUACCUUUUCUAGAAGCGGUAAAAUGUUCAAAACAUUUAAACUAUUUUUGAGAGAUACUCUUUGGAUACAAUUUUUAGAUUAAAUAAAAAUGAUUGAAUAUUUUACAAGAGAACCAUUAUAAGUCGUACCUAGUGGUAAAAAAAAAAAAAGAAAUAACGGACAAACUUCGCUCAAUGGGUGGGCCACUGUUUUAGGUGAGAAGUUAAGAAGGUAGAAGAGAAAUUUAAUGUAUAUCUGUACGCAACGAUUAAUCAUUGUUAACAAAAAACGAUUCUGAGCGGAGUUCGGUUACACAUGUUUUGAAAGGCCGUAAUGUUUUAUUAUAUUUUAUAUUAAGUAAAUAUUUCGUAAAUUUUCCAAUUUUCCUACGUUUUAUUCUGGGUUUUUCCAUUUAUUAUGAAAAUUCCUGGAAAAAUUAAAAAAAAGACAUUGAAGUACUACUCCAGUCAAAUUUCUCUUCAGAAAAAGUUCUACACAUGAAAAUCGGAGCAAAAUUUCUGGUAGAAAGUUUACAAAAAAAAAACAUAAAAUAAAAAUAAGCAUCAUUGUAAAACCAAUAUAUUCCUCGCUCCGCUCAGAAUCUAAAAUUAAGUUAAAUGUAGUAAUUUUUUUUUUCAUAAGAUUUUAAUAUCAAAUUUUAACGAAAAUUGUAUUACGGCAUUUCAAAACAUCCCUGAACUUCGCUCCUAAUCGUUUUUCAUUAGCAGUAGCUUAUCGUUUAUUACAGGUAUAAAUUAAAUAACUUUAUGUAGCAUACUUUCUUAACUACCCACUCAUAACAGUCAUCAGUAGCAACUUUUUUUUUUUAGCAUAAUAUAAUACGUCGUAAUAAUUAUAUCAAUGUAUAUAUUGUUAUAAUAAGUAAUCAAUCCAAACCGUUUGUUAUAAAACAGCUAGAAAGAAUUAUUUUAAUCUUUAUGGUAAAUUACGAGUUUUAUUAUUUAGUAGAAUUGGUUUUUAUCGUUCGUAUACAGUGUAUGUUUUAUUAUUAUAUAAUAUGCAUCACGAAUCUGGUGAUAAAGUAUUUAAUAUCGAGUUGUAAAUAAAUAACGAGGAAUAAUAAUAUAUUAUUACGAAUAAUUAUUUUCUUAAAUAAUCACUUUGUAGUCGAUCUAACUGUUUUGUUUUUUAUACCUAAUAUUGAAUUACAUUUUUUAGAUUCUGAGUGUAACGACCUUCAAAUAUAUCGAUAUUUCGCUUAAUAGUACUUUGGAAAUAUUUUUCAGAAUUCUCCGAAUUUUCGAAAUUUUCCGAAAAAUUGCUUUUAUGUUUCUUUUAUUUAAACUAAUUUUUGUUGAGGCAAAUACUAUUUCUUUCACUUUAAAAGAUACGCAAUUUUUGCUUAGAGUUUAUUGACAUUAUUAGCAAUUUACCCCCUAGAUUCUUUUUUUUGUUGAUUUCUGAAUUACCUUUAUACAAGUGAAAAACACAACAAAAACUAAUAUACUAUUCCGCUCAGAAUCUCUUUUUCGUUUUUCUAUCAUUGCAUACACAGUUUAUAAACUAAAUAAUUAUCCUGUAUAUUAUACCUUAAUUUAGUUAAGUUAUAAUUUGAUAUACCUGUCUCAAAUAGACACAAUAAAUAUAGAUAAUUUAUGUACGUUUGUUUUUUGAAUAUUUGAUUUAAUUAUAUUCACGUGUGUAAUUUUACUUACCAAUUGUUCAAAUUCGAAUAUUGCGGUUUAAUAUAUUAUUUUAAAUGGUUACCUACUAAUAAAGUAAUAAUGGACUAUACUUUGCUGCAGAGAAUUAAUUAUAUUGAUUUAUUCAAAAGAUUAAGAUGAUAAGUUAUCGUAUCAUGAUGCUCACAACGGCUGAAAUGUAAUUUCAAAAAGCCUUUAUAGCGGUCAAAUGUGUUGUUAAAAUUUAUCACUUGUUUUUAUAAUGAUGUUAACAUUUUUUUUUUACACUUACUUCCGAAAAUGAGAAAUUAAUUUUUAACAUUAAAAAAAAAAAAAAAAAAAAAUGAUUUUUUUUGACAUGAAAAAAAAACAUUUCUAAACUAGUUAUAUAAUAUGUUCCUGCCGUAUUUAGAAUUUACAUUUAAAAAAAAACUAUCGUGACCGUUUAUAGAUAAUGACGUUUCAUUUUGUUUGCCCGUACUUAAUUUAUAACUUGGGUAUAUAUUCAUUAAGAUUAAUAUCAGCUGUGUGUCUGGUUACACUUUCGGAUGCAUGAAAAAACUAUUUCGAUUCAUUAUACCGCAUGUCAGCAGAUAGGUCAAUUUCAAGGGCGCGCAUCUUCAACAAAUCCACAGGGGACUUUAUAUUUUUUCUUUCAAUGCGAUAUUGAUCUUUUUCUUUUACUUUCAGACAUUAUAUAUAGUACAUUCACCAUCCGUAUUGUGUACAUAGUUCUAUGGAAACGUCUUCAUUACAAUACCUACUAAUAUUAUUUACUCGUCACCUAAUAAUGUAUUCCGUUCGUAGGUAAUCUAAUAUUUUAUACGGAAAUGCUCGCGGGGGAAGGGACCUAUGACUACCCCCAGGCCGUCCAUUGCGGGACGUGUCCGUGGUUGAUUUGUAUAAUUACAGUUGUCCUUUAUUCGUUUUGUUUUUAUUUUUGAUUGUGUUUUAUUUUCAAUUAUUCCUAUCAUUAUUUUUGUUUGAAACGAUAAUAUAGUAUAAUGUUUAAAGAAACAUUCGUGAUGUUACAUUCUUCUGAACAGUGCAGUUGUAGAAGAUAAAUGAUAAUUCAAAUUUUAAACUAUUGAAGUAAUAUAUGAUUAUAUAUUAUUAAUGAUAAUUAUAAUUAUAUAUAAUUUUCAAACAUUGCUUUGCAAACUAAGUAUUGAUUUUGAGUAUGUACGCACUACGGUUAAAAACCAACUACAUAAUUGACAUGAGAAACUUAUCAUUUAAUACAGUAGUGAUACUACUAUAAUAAAAUAUGAUUAAGAAGACGUUAUACACGCAUAGAACCACGCAACAUAGCAAAUUUUCGUUCAGCACAGACAACUCUGUGAGGUUAAUUUUAAUAUUAAUGUGGAUUCAACUAGUAUCAAACUUAAAGAUAAGAACAUUAUCUAUGUCAUGUCGUCGUUUUUUUUCGUAAUUUUUAUUUUUAUUACGGGAUAUAACCAUUUUUAAAUCGUCAUAUUUCACAAACUCAUGCGAAAUCACAUUCGGUUAUAAUAACGUUCUCUUAAGUUUUGAAAUCAAUCAGUUAGGUGUAUUAUUAUAAGAACUAUAAAUAUAAAGGAAUUUUAUUUUAUUUUAUUAUUUUUCGGCUGAACAAUGUAAUUUUCUUAACAAGUAUAUUCACUACGUCAAUUUAGACAACAAUUGUUUUUUGUGGUUCUUGCCGUUGAAACAUAUUUUUACGAGUUUGAAUUCGAAAUUUAACAUUUUUACGUAGAAAUACCUAGUUAAAAUGCGUUUACAAAUAUGUUUUUUUUAUAGAUAGGUACACACUUUUUAUGUAUGCAUGUGUUUAGAAUGUAUUUUCUUAGGCCACUUGUAAAUAUUUUCUUUACAUUUUAAAUUGUUAUUAUCAUAUAACAUCCCAACUCUAUAUAUAGGUACCUAUGCUUAAUUAUUUCGAAUACAUUGUUUUAUAUUAUUAUGUUAAGUUUUAGGAGAAUUUAUAGGUUAUGUUAGGUUUGUUAAAUAAUUUAAUUAUAUAAAUCAACAAUAGUUUUUAUUUUUUUAAUAUUAUCGUAUAAUAAUUUAUUUUAUUUUAUCUUAUCCGGGGAAAAAAUGAAUUAAAAAUAGAUGUGGGAAUUUACCGAAGAAUUGCUAGAUUUUUUUAUCAGAACUGAAUAUUAUUGAUAUAAGAAUUCGGUCGGAAAUAAAUUGCCGAAAACGAUAAGAAGAGGAGAUUUCGAAAUUAGUAUGUCGUGGGUAAAGUUAAAUUGCACUAAUGUUAAUAAAAGAUAUUUAAUUAAAAAUGUGCGAAAACACAACUUAAUUUGAAAGUUUUAAAAAUACUCAUUACCCCUCGUCAAACUAAAACUAUAUGAAGGACAUACAACUAGUGUAUAAUUAUAAAACGUUUAUUGAGCAAGUUAAGUUAUUCUAGAAAAUAAUCUUUCUUUACUUAGUGCAAUUCAAAUGCAACCAUUCAAUGUAGGUUAAAAGUGCAAUACGACAAUCUCAAGUGUUGUUCGUUGGUAUUAUUAUUUAAUUUAUUGUCAAAAAACAUGGGCUAUAUCAGUAAAGCAAAAAAAUAAAACUAAUGGUUAUUAAAUUAUGGUUUAUUAUAUAUAAUACGAGAGAUCGCUGAGGCUAAAAUAUUUAUCGUAUAACGAUAAUAUGAGAGUUAUAUGUUUUAUUCUAAAAAUAACACAUCUAAUUAUUGUGAUAUUUAAAUUUCAUACCGGAGGUUGUUUACUUUACCCCGUAUGGCGUAGGUAUAGGAUAUUUCUAUAAAGAGUACUUGCCUAUACGCUCGUCUAUUAUAACUUAGAACAUUACAUUAAUAUAUAUUCGUUUUAUUCACAAGUACUAUAUUUAAUAAUAAUAUUUACCUUUAACAAAGUAAUAAUAUAUACCCGGUAAAUAUUAAUAAGUAUAACAAGUGUAGUUCGUACAAAUUAUCUGGAUGUGUCGGUUAAUAAAUUUCUUAUUAUUAUUAUUGAGUAGAUAGUUCUGUAGUAGUACUUCUUUUACAUGAGUAUAAUAUAAGCAAUCAUAUACGAAUUAGAAGUUUUCUUACUCAAGUUAAAGUGUUGAUUAACGCGUUAAAUUUAAGUGUCUUCAUAAUAUUAUAUAGGUAGUAUAAAGACGAGAGUACCUAGUCAUUACCUAGUUAUUAUAUUCUGUCAGUAUUACACGAAGGAGGAGUUAAACAGAUGCGAUUUUGAGUAGGUAAGAUUUUUUUUUUUAUAGGUGAACGUUUCUUAAAGUAUUAUAUUGAUUCGUAAAACUCAUGACAAACCACAUUAUGUUUUAAUAAAGUAUGAAGUGUAGGUAUUCGUUGAGUAAUUCGAUUAGAGAACGAUAAUACAUUAUGUGUACUACAUUUAUUUUAUCUAUAUAGUAUAACAUUAGGUAUACACGUUUUAUAGAGAAAAAAGGCUUAUACUAUUGAUGGAUGCUUGCUGUUGGAAGAUAAGAUAUAUUAUAUAGUAAUUUAAUUUACAUGUGUACUACGAUUAGCUGUUGAUAAUAAAAAGCGAUUCUGAUUAUUAUGAGUUGUAUGUCCCUUGUUGUCAAAGUAACCCAGAAAUAAAUACAACUAAUAAACGAAUUUCCAUUUUUUCCCAAUUAUUAAGAAAACCUCAAGAAAAAUCCAAAAAUUACCUCUAACUAACCAAAUAGAUCAAAAAUGCUAUAAAUAAAAAUUCCAUAAAGUUUUUGGUCGCUGAUAUCAAUAAAAUUGGUGUGCCAAUGUUGUAUAAGAUAAGUUAGGAAGGUAUAUGAUACACACAAUUAUUUAAUUUAUAUUUGUAUUCAUAUUAUUGCUGACAAAAUACAGUUCUGAGCGAACUUCGGUUAAAAAUAUAUUGAAAUUUUGUGAUUUUUAUGAUUUUCGUUAAACUUUGAAAUGAAAACGCUUAUAAAAUAUAUUACAUUACCUGACUUUACCGAACGGAAUACAAUUAGGAUCAAGCAAUAUAUUGUGUUUCUUGUAUUAUACUAUAUUGGCAGUUAAACAACUGAGAUUUAGGUAUGCGAAUUAGUUACCUGUUUGUUGUGGACUCGUGUCAAGUUUGAAAAUUGACACAUUUAGAUUUUAAAAUAGCUGCAUAAUUCGUUUUUAAGUGAGUAUGCAUGUAAUAUACUCGCAAAAAUACACGACGUUGAAAAAAAAAAACACCAACUUAAAAAAAGACAAAAAAAAUGUUGGCAUAUUACUACGAUAUUUUUGAUAUACACGAGUAUUAACAGCGAAGGAGUCAUUUUUAUUAUUUGAUAAUUUUAAAUUCUGAGUAUAGCUAAGAAGCUAGUAUAAAACUGUUGGAGGUAGGCAUUUUUUUUCACGGAAAAAACUUUUUAAGUUAGUAGAAAUAUUUCGAUUUUUUCAUGUCAUACCAUAAAUUAUAUCGAUUUUUCGCCUGAUAGUAUUUUGUUUGAAUAAUUUUUUGAAAUUUUCAGCAGUUUGCCAAGGUUAUAUGAGGUGUUUUUGUUUUUUGGAUUUUUGUUUAGUUCUGAGCUCCUUCGGAAAAAAGAGAAAUAAUCAUGGCUAUAACAUAGAGUAGUAUUAUAAUACUAUAUUCUGCUAAAAAUCGUUUUUCGUUUGCAAUAAUUUAUGAUUGCAUAAUACAUAUACAGUAUAUAGACUAAAUUAUCCUGUUUAUAUAAACAAAUAUUUUUAUCAUCGUAUAAAUCGUAAUAAUUACGAUGUUUAAUUAUUAAAUUGUAUUGAAAUUACCCGCAUAAUAAAUUAUUCGGUAAUAAUUCAAGACGUAAGUAUUAUAAUAUUAUUUAUACACAUACAGGGUGAUUCACUAAGCAUGCUCACCCCAUUUUUUCGGUAACAUUUUUCAUAUAUACAAAUAUCUUGAAUAGCACGUUAACAAGUUGACGAAAAUCAAAAAAGGUUGACACCAAAUUUAUUUUAAGUAAUACUUGGUAUAUUUAUGGAAUUCAUAACAUAAUUUCUCAUUUGAAAAACCAAAAUUGGUUUCGCUAUAGGAUACUCCUUAAAUAUUGUGAAUUAUCUAAGUAUUCUAAAAUAUCGGCUUUAACUACACUUAAAAAUGUCAAAAAUCAGAAUUUGAAUGUAUGCAAAAUUUAACCAAAAAAAUGGGGUGAACACGCUUGGUGAAUCAUUCUGUAUACAAAAAAGUUGAAUUUAUUAUAUACAAUGUAAAGUUUUAUUUUCGUAUUUGGACUACCUACUCGUCCUCUAUUGCAUAGUUUAUUACUGGUUUUUACUGUGCAGUUUUGUAAAAAUAAUUUUUUAAACAAUUUAAGUUUUUAUUUUUAGUUUAAAAAAAAUGUUAAAAAUUGAGCUGAUGGAUGUUUUACUGUAAUAGGUAUGAGAUUUUGAUAAAGUUUAGGAUAUAUAAAGUUAUUUAAUUUAUAUCUGUAAGCAAUAAUAAACUAUUGCUAACAAAAAACGAUUCUGAGCAAAGUUCGUUAAUGCAUGAUUUUCGAAAAAUGUCAUCUUCAAACUAAUGCAUUAAACAUUUAAACUUAAAUUUGUUUUUAGAUAACUAAGUACAAUUUAUAAUGUACUUUUUGUUAAAUUUUCAAACAUUUCUCUUAAGUCAUACAAUUUUAAUAAUAGAUACCUACCAAAUAAUGAAACCAAUAAUAGAUCCCUCGUUACUUCCCUAAUCGAAUACAUAUAAAACUACGUAAAUAGCUUAAAAAUAGCAAGAAUGUUUUCAAAAAGUUACCAUGUCUACAUAAAUCAAAAAUAAAUAUUUUGUGAAAACUACAUGCCUCUACAAUAGUUUUUAACUGAAUAACAAUGAAAAAUCCUAAAUGCCGUACACUUUGCCGUAUUUCUUACGGUUUCCCUCGAGUUUUCGUAAUUUUUAGGAGAACUAUACAAAGAGAAAAAGAAAUAUAAAAGAAAAUUAAACAAUAACCUUUACUCAUAAACUAAACAAAAAUGAUUUAAAAAAAAAUGUUACUUUUGAAAUUUGGACAAAAAUUUCUGACAGAGAAAUAUAAUCUUAAAUUUUUUAAAUAGUGAAAUUGUUGUGCUGUAAUUUGAAAAAAUCGUAUUUUCCGUCUCUUUUGGUUUUUCCCAAUUAUUACAAAAAAUACUUUAAAUAUUAAAAAAAUUACUUGCUCCGUCAAUGGCUAGAUAUUUAACUAUAGAUAUUAAAUCAAAUUGAUUUCUUGUCACUUUUUGAUUGAAGUAAUAUAUUUUUUGGUAGAAAACAUAGUUUGAAAAUAAAAAAUAAUGAAACCGGUAACGCCGUGGCACGUCGUAAAUAUUUGCCGUUUUUUCGAUAAUAUUUUUCUUAGUUUUUCACAAUCAUUAUAAAAACCCUUUGGAAAAUCAAACCAUGACCUCCCUAAUGCACCAACUAGAUACAAUUUCUAUAAAAGGUGCUACACUUGAUACUUCGGAUAAUGAUUUUUGGUAGAAAAUUCGUUCAUUGCAGACAGAAAAAAAACACACAUCAUAGUAAAACCAAUAAUAGAUCCCUCGCUAGUUACUAUUGCUCCGAAUCUAAAACAUAAAAUAGAGGAUUCAUAGUGCAAGAGUCUAGUAAUAAUAUUGUAUAAAAAAAUUGAAUAAAUAUGAAAAAAAAUUGAAAAUAUUGUACAGAAAAAAGUUAUUUUAUGUGUCAGAUCUACGUGUUACAGUGAGUUUAUCUGUAUAGACCUCUCGUAUAGGAGGUUACUAUAGUAAUUUAAUUUGUGGCGUGGGUAAUUAUAACAUACGGUACUUUUUAUGUACUUACAUUUUAUUGUUUUUAUCAUUAGUAUUGUAUCUUAUGAUUUUCGCGAACGGUAUAGUUACGAUUUUUCCACGACGAAAAAAACCGCGAUAUUUUAUAACGUGUAUUGCGAUGUUCUACUGCACCGUAAUUUCUUACACGUUAAUCCUAUUUGUGUGUAAAUAUUUAAUUAAAUAAAAAAAAUAAAAUAAUAAAAUAAUUUCACAUUAUCGUAUCACAGUAAUAUACUCGUUGUAUUACUGAUAAUAUUAUAAUACCCUAGAAAUAAUAUAUUAUUAUGACGGUAGGCAAUUAUUAUUAUUAUUAUUAUUUUUUGUAACCUGUACACAUAAAAAGAUUAAACAAAAAGAGUACCUACCUAGUUGUAUUAUUAUAAUAUUAAUAAACGUUACAUCAGCACUGUUGAUGACUCAAGUGAUUUUUUUUUUCAUUAUACCAACAAAUCGUCAACUGUAUUAGUAUUAUGAUGUUUUCAUAUCCGACUAGUAUACGGUUUGUGUAUUAUGUUUAUUGACUCCGACACUCGUAUUAUAAUAAUAUUUUUUAUACAUUGGUAAAGGUAAUAACUAUUAUAGUGUUCGCUGUUCAGCGAUGAGUUUAAAACUGUAAAAGCGAUAAGCCGCACAAUUAUUAUAAUACGUACAUGUCGACACGAUAUCUCGUUUUUUUUUUAAAAAUUAAGCUCAUAUUAUGCGAGCUUACAUUUAACUAUUUCUACGGUGCGUGGCGUAAUUAUUUGAACAAAUGUUUAGAUCAAAACGUUAUUUUUUGACUUUUGUAAAACAAAUAGCUGUGUGUUUGUUCUAGGUAACGCCGACGACACCGGAAAACGUGUACUUUUCUUGUCAACGAUUUUUUUAAAAUAUUUCUCAAUGGACUGUUAUACGAUCUAAUAUAAGUGAUUGAACCAACACUACGGACGUUACAUAAUAUUAUAUUAUUAUUUAGAGCUGUAGGUUAAACAGAUUAUAUAAAUAAUAAUACAGACCGACGCGAUAUACCUAACGAAUUGAUGGCUGACCUUUGUGAUGUAUAAUUACAUAUUAUACUAAUAUGUGUAAUAAAAACUUUAAUAUUAUCUAUGUAUUUAUUACUUAUUACUAUUAAUUUGUUCGGAAUACGAUGCAACAAUUAUUAUUAUUAUAUUUAAGUGGUUAGACGUCGUCAUUAUGAUACAAAUUACUAUCUAUUAUAUUAUAAUGAUAUAGUAUUCAUAAGCCGGGUUCGAAAAUAUUUAAUUUUUCUAACUGUUUAUAAUAUACACGUUAUUUUCUUUGGAUUCCGAGCGGGGCGAGAAAUAUGUAAAUGGUUUUACUAUGAUGUGUGUGCGUUUUUUAUUAUGUCUGUACAACUUUUUUAUCAGACACCUUGUACAAGUCAAAACAUUCUAAGAUACCUUAUUUGUUGCGUUUUGGAUCUGGUUGAUGCAUUGUGGUCAUUAUUUGAUUUUCCAAGCGAUUUUCCCAGUAAUUGGAAAAAACGUACGAAAAACAGAAAAGUAUACAGAAAUAACGGUUUCAUUAUAUUCGAUUUUAAUCUUCUAUUGUAAUUCAGUAAAAAUAUUUUAGAGACCCGACAUUUUUAUAGAAUACUCAUAUUGGCCUCUUAUCGACUUUGUAAAAUUAACUCAUAGGCUACUUAUAGGCAUUUUAAAUUUUUAAAUCACGACAUUUCGUGUAAAGUGCCGUGAUGCGAUAAAGUGGUCGCGGUACUUUAGGUUCUGGUGUAGAGAAGGUAAUUUGGUUAAACAUGUACACUGUACUUUGUACAGCUUUAGCGGUAGCCACGGUUUCGUGUGCGAGUGUAGUUUUGAAAUAUAAUUCAUAAAUUAAUAUACGUUUUGUUGUAAUUUAUUUAAAAAAAUUGUAUAAUUAAGCUCUACUCAGAAACGUUUUUUUAUUAGUAAUGAUUUAUCGUUGCGUAUUUAUGAACUAAAUGUAUUAUACAACUUUAUGUAUCGUACCUUUCCAAGUUCCCACGUACACCAGUGGCAUACUUAUUAGCAGUAUCAUCUCUUUUUUUUUUUAUACAAUUGUGUUGCGCACCGUUUAAAAAUCGCAGAUGUCGGAUAACUGAGAAUAGACAAAUAUAUAUUAUAUAAUGUAUAAAAAAGGGGAAGAAAAUAGGUUGAUUAACGCAAUUUAAUUUAUUGGCCACAUAAACACGCUCACGUGUAUAAACAUUUGGUAAGUAUUAUUACACGAUAAAGAAACGGUUUUGUUACUUGUGUUUUAUACUAUAGAAAAUAUUUAGUAACUACGCUUCACCACAUUGUAUAUUUUGUAGUUUUAUUAAAUGUUUUAUAGUAUACGAUUUUCAACGGGAUAUUGUUGUUAUUUUAGAUUCAGAGCGUAGUGAGGGAUCUAUUGGUUUUACUAUGCUAUGUGAUUUUUUAAAAAAUGUUUUCUGUCUGUAAACAAUUUUUCGAAAAGAAAUCUUGCUCCGAUGUACAGAGUAUAAUACCUUUCAUUUUGAAAGGAAAUUUCGUCUAUUUGGUUAAUUUUCGAAUUGACUAAGAGAGUCCGAAAGAAAAUUAUAGGUAAAACAGCAAAUAUUUGCGCACUACGGCAUUAUCGAUUUUUUUGUUUUUAAUUUUUACAACUUAUAUUUUCUACCAAAAAUAUUGCUCCAAUGGAAAAAUGAUAAGAGAUCGAUUUUUGAUCUUUUUAACAUAUCCAUUGUCAAAAAAAAUCGUUUUUUGAUAUCUAAAGUAUUUUUCAUAAUAAUUAGGAAAAUGUUGAAAAUUUAACAGGAGGUUCCAUUAUAAGUCAAACUUAGUGAUCAGCACUUAGUUGGCAAUGGUUUAUCGGCGGUUAAAUGUAUAAAUUAAAUGACUUAACGUGUCCCACCUUCGUGACUACCCAUCUACAACAGUGGCUUCAACCGUCCCUAGUAUCAACUCUCUCUUUUUUCUUUUAUUACCACUACAUAUGUUCCCCUUUGGUUUUGAAAAUAUUUAGAAUACUAUUAAAAAUAAUAUUAUUGCGUUUUCGUUUACUACUCAGGAAUUCGGUUAACCGCGUUGACUUAUGAUAGUAGAAAUAGUAUUAUGUAUAGUAGUAUUAUUCUUUUUACCGACGAUGACCAUUUUAAAAACUGCGAUCACGGAAUAAUGAAUGAUAUAUCUUGUCCGUAACGCUCGUAUAUUUUGUUUUAUACCAGGAAAAUCCCAGUGGCUUGAUGUUUUGGUCUUGACUGUAUAAACUAGAGAAACUAUAGAUAAAUUAUAUCUAGUAUAUCUCUAAUCUGGACUGUUUGGCUUGAAUAACUUGUGUUGAUUUUAAUUUUUUAAAAUUUUGUUAUGAUUUAGUUUAAAAUAUAUUAGUGAUUUUUAAUUAAUCUAAAAUAAAUUUAGUUUUGUAUUUGAUAUGCAUAAAGUAAAUUAUUCUUUGAAUUUCAAAUUGUUUAGAUUUUGAGUGAAUCGAGGAAUGUACUGGUUUAACUAUGAUGUGCACUUUUAUAUUCGGAGUAUAACGAGGAAAUAAAUCAAUUUUAAUUUUAUGGUUUUUUCCAAUUAUUUCGAAAACCCCUUAAUUAAUCACGUAUUAUAAAUGUAAUAUUAUAUAAUAAUAAUAAUAAAUAAUAUUAUUCCGCAUUUAAUACGCAGACCAAUCAUUGAAGCACCGAAAUUAAUAGGUAGUCUUUUUUGUUGAGUGAGCACAACUAGUAUGUACUUUUCAAUUUUUACCAUAACUAGUUAACACCGUCUCGAAACUAUUUUGAGAACUCUGAAACUAUGAAACAAAGAUUAUACGAAGUACCUAAUAUAUUUGCUGUUUAGGAAAUAUCAUUAAAAUUCAGCAUGUUUACCGUGUAAGUGAAGAAAUCGAUAAUAUUAUUUAUUUUACUUUUGGUCGAACAAAGUGAAAGUUUUUUUUUACUAUAGAAAAAUAUAAUUAGCCGAGAUUUUAUUUUUAAAAUGUGUUUGUGAUUUUUAUCUCCAUCGAUGGUCGUUUGCAGCACCUAUAUUGGCGAAAAUCGUACAAUGGCGGUCGUAUACUGGAGUCAUUGUGCGUAGUUAUAAUAAUGUAUUUGUAUGACCUUAAGUCCGGGGAGAUGAUGCGCCCAUGUGGUAAAAAUUCGGUGAAGGUUCGCGGUCGCUGCACUGUAGUAGUAAUAUUAUAACCGAUCAAUAACACACGCAAACUAUAAUAUACUCGUACACUUUUGGUUUCUAUUAAUUAUACGUCAUAUUAUAUUUUUUUUUAACUCGACGACGAGAGACUGCUGGCUAAUAAUGUAAUAAACAUCUGUUACAAAAUCAACAACGCCGUCAACUUCGUCACGACGUCGCAGCAAUUUCGUUAUUGAGUUUUCGUGCGCGGGUUGACGUUCACUAAAAUUAUUAUUUUUAUUUUUCAUAAUUUAGACCUAUUGGAACACGCAGUUAAACUCCUUUAAUAAAUGCCAUUAUUGGAAACGAAAAUCUAUAAUUUUACGGUGUUCCCGUUGACGAUGCGCACACAGAAUUUUUUACGUAGGUUAAAUCACAAUGGAUUGACUGAAUAGAUUAUAUAUCUGGCGGCCGUCUUCUCAUCUAUCAUCACGGUAUAAGAUAAAAUGAUCCAAUAGUCCAACGGGCUAUUGUAAAAACUUUAUCACGUGGCAUUAUCGAAUGCCGCCACAUUCAUAUCGAUGAAUCUAAAAGUCACGCGACAUUUUAUACGGCUAGUGCAACUAACGAUUGAAAUGAAAACCAUAUUAUUAUAUGUGAUACCAAAGUAAGGUAAUAAUCCCAUGGAUACACGAUGUAGAAAAUGCCAUCUCUAUAUUAUAUUUUUUUCUACGUGGUGCACGGUUAAUGUAUAAAUUAUUGUAAAAAAAUUGUCUGCUACAAGCGCUAGAGCCCUUAUUUUCUAUGAGGUGGGUUAUUCAAUUUUAGUAGUCGUUGGGUAUAGUCUUCUAAUGGGCUUAACACAGAUGUUAUAUAUGUCGUAAUAACGCAUUAUUAGCAAAUAGCUAGAGAGGCUCUGUAACUAGAAUGUGUCUAACUGUUUUUAUCGUUGUUUCAUAUUAUAGUGUUAGUGUUUAGUAUAGACCCGGCAUUAGAGGUAGAACAUUAAAAUUAUCGCGAAAUGGCAUCACCCAUAAUGGGUAACCAAUAGAAAAUGGUUCCCUAGUUGGCCACUCUCCUAUUAUAUAGGCAUUACGAUUUAUUAGCUGCAAUAUCAGUAUCCAUAUCUAUUAUAAUUACACGCUAUCAUUAAUCGUAGAUUGGUUAUCGUAGAUCGAAUGGUUAUCAUUAAAUUUCAUAUUUAUAACUCACUGCUUAUAUUGUAGCACUCCCGGUGGAACACAGGAUUAACUAAAUAAUUGUGAUCUACAAAAACAAUACUACCGCGAUGGUAGUUAAAAAUAUACAGGGUGAUUAUUUUAUCGUUAAAAAUUCGUUAUUUUGCAAAGUGUAGAAUUUUUUCCAAAAAAAAAAGUUUUGAAAAUUUAAGAAACAAGCAGAUCUAUAAUGUUAAAAUUCUUUUUCACCCUUAUUUUUGGGGGCGAAAUGACUGCAAAUUUUGAUUUUUAAAUGGUACCCUAGGUUCAAAGUUCCAUAUUGUAUAGAUAGAGUAUUAGUUUAAAUAUACAUUUUGGUGUUAAAAUGUUUGAUUUCCAUCAACCCGUUCACAAGAUAUUCCACUUUUAAGUUUGGAUAGGGUUCGUGUUAAUUCUUUGAAUACUGAUACAGAACUAGUGUCCACUUGUCAAGGCUAUGAUACGUAUUUCUACCAUGUUUUUUUUUAACAAAUCCGAUGCGCAUGCGAUUGUUGGACGCGUGGUCCGUGUCCUUGAGAUGUCAUUCGAUUUUCAGUGACGCCGUUUCUGAGCGUGUGAAAUGGAUAUGCGGACAGCAGACGCUUCAUCAAAGGCCACUUCAUCGCGGAUUAGUUCAUCGCGGAUUAGUUCAUCGCGUAAAGACACUUUAUCGCGUGUGACACUUCAUCGCUUCAAAUUACAGACUUAAAGUGACUGUUGAUAGUGAUUGACAGGGAUUAUUCAUUAGUCCGAAUUAAAUUAAUUUUAAAACAUUUCCGAUCUAAUCAUUAAACGAACGAUACGAAUAGAUUAGAACAUUUUCAUUUAUAUUUCACGUAUUAAUGUUAACAUUUUUCAUAUUUUGUUAAUCAUCAAAUGUAUGUUAACAUCAAUACAUUAUUGAUCUGAAUUUUGUUUCAGCUAUUAAAUUGGUCCUGUGUCGAUCUUUACAGUGGCUUUUGAAUUAUAUAUAUUAUAAAUAUAUAUUACUUGGUAUAGAGUGAACCACAUGAUUAUGUUUAUAGACAUCGUUAAGGGCUAUAGAUGGAUACUUUUUUACCCUAUGAAUUUGUUUGGGGUAGCAAGGGUGUCGUUUUGUUAUACCAACAGAAUUCUUGAAUUUUGAAAAUGUGUUAAUUAUAUUCUCAUAUUUUUUGUCCAAGUCGUGGUGAAAAUGAUUAAAAUAGUAACGUAGUACUAAGAAGCAGGGAAAAAUAUCAUGGUCGAAAUAAUUUUUGAUUGGUGAUGUGUACAAAAUAAUAAUAUUAUAUUAUAUUCUAUGAUAGUGUGAUAACGUCAAUUAUUUUUUCCUGUGCGAGUUGUUUAAUGAUACAACCUAUAAAUGUAUUUCUAUAAUAAUAUUUUUUUAAUACUGUACUAGAAAAAAUAAAUUAACUAGAAUUAAAAUAAGCGGCCAAAUUAAAAAUAAUUAGGUCGGUAUUUUUGUUAACUAGUAAAAGUUUAAAGUUUGAAUUAAUUUUAAUAAGAGAGCAAUAAGCCAAUAAGUUUAAAGGAAUACUUGUAACCAGUCUACUCUUCUUAACACGCAGUUCUAAAUAAAAAAAGGGCAGUUUUUAUUUAAAUUUUAAAAUGGCAAAUUUGAGUUUAAAUAUUGACAACAAUGUAAUGGCGUGACAUUAACUAUAUUUGAAUAUACAGGGUGCCUUAAAAAUUUAAUAUUUUAUUUUCAUAGUUUAAUAACCUAAAAAUAAUUAUUUUUAUUUUUCCACUUUUUAACAUAUAUGGCCAUUUUCUAAAAAUAUAUUACUCUAAACAUUUUAACGUAUCGUACAUUGAUAUCCGAUUAAUAGUUACUUAUUAGUUAUAGCGUAGCUUUAAUGAAGAAUAGAAAAUGGGCGUAAAAACAAUAUGUUCAUAUUUGCUAGAAGAUAAGAAAUUACGGUGCUGAUUGUGAUUCCUUAUCGCAUAACUUGUUAUUCUAUUGAAAAUUAAUUGUUUUUGCGCCAGUUAUCUGGAAAUUAAAACGACUAUCACUAAGAGACUAUUGAUCGGGUGUGCUAUAUUCAAAUUUUUAGAACAAUAUCUUUUAAAAAAUGAUUAUUUUGAAAAGUGAUAAAAUAAAAUGUUUCAACAAUUAUGGGAUGAAAAUAAACACCUGAUUGUUCUCUGUACACAAAUGUCCCCUUCUCCUUUUGGAGAUUGACCGCGGGACAGUAAAAAAAAAAGAAAAAAAAAAAAAAGUCGCUUAUACGUUAUUCCUGGUCAACAGAACUUCGUCUUCGUCAAAGUUUCGGUAGGUCGCGUUCGGCAGAGUUUUCGGCGGGAAGGGGUGACAAACAGCCAUCCGUCUACCCGGACGAACUCUGCGCACUAUUACGGGACAGUACAGUAGGUUACAGUGACAGCGCCGGGCUUUAUGCGGCCGUCGUCGUGACGUUUGAAUUGAAAACUCCGACCGUUGCCGCGCGCGUGCCCGUAAUUGAAAAUUAUUAUUUAACAUUGCCGUGUCCGUAUGAACGAAACAAAAAUUAUAAUAAUAACAGCUACAAGAACAAUAUUCGAUUAUUCGCGUACAGCGCGCGCGUGUGCACGUGCACGGGCGGCGUACGUAUACCCGCGCGUAUUAAUUUCGUCGGCCGAAAAUCGAUUCGUUCUCAUUUUCGUCCCGCGCGAAUCGCAUUCCAAUACGUUUUUUCGUUAUUAUUAUUAUUAUUAUUAUUUGUAUUGAUUACGUUUCGUCGCGAUUUACAAUGGCGGCGGCGGCGGCGGCGGCGGCUUGUACCGCGCAUCACGUGCGCGCCGGAUACGCCGUUAAUUACGUUUUUCGUACAUACACGCGCGCCAAACACGCAGCGGCGAUCAUAAUUUUACACAAUAAUAACAAUAAUACGCGAUUUCGAUUAUGUGCGGUAUGUACAAUCAACUGUGCGCACAGGGUUCAACGUUCAGACCCCGGGUGUUGCUGUGUGGUGUGCACACUCGCGAUGCCUGCAACACCUGGACGUACAAUACGAACAGCGUUACAACAUACGUUUCGAGUUGAUCGCGGCGCCUUAAGAAGAUGGGGGCGGGUAAGAAGUCGUGUGCGGACCGGUCAGGUAUGGAUCGCCGUGGAUCCAUCACCACCGUCGCCCGCCCGUCACGUGAUGGGCGACGGCCGCCACAUCCUCCAAGCCGCUGGUUUCGGCGUCACCGUGUACACGGUGUACGGAUUUCGAAAGCAUUCGAUCGGGCGGUUUCACACCGACCCAAUAACAGCUAUCGCUUUUUUAACAAAUAUGCGAUUUUACAAAUACGGACCUUACGAUACAGUUUCAUGAUCUCGUGUCGAUACUAUCGUUCGGCCGGAAAACGGCUUUGUUGGUUUCUGUUCUAUAAAUUCUAACAAAGAGUUGGGUGGGUUUUUUUUUUUUUUUAAUUUUCUCAAAAUAUAAUUGUAUCCCCCGAGGUUUUUUUUAUUUUUGCAUUUUUAUUCGCAAUUUAAGAGGCGGACGCAAUAACCCAGGCGCAAUUUCCAUCUUUUUUUGCAUAUUCUCAUAUAAAAAAAAAAAAAAUAAAUCUCCGUUGAUUGGUGCAAUAAACAGAUAUAUCCGGCCGUUAAGUACGAAAGUAUAAUACAAAUGGAAAUGUGUUUUUUUUUUUUGUUUUUUUUUUUGCAAUAACAAUUAAGACAUCUCCGGGGAUGUCUGGAUUUUUCCUACGGCCAUAAUAUAUACGCCCGUUAUAAUUUAAUAGCGUCCACGGAUCAAAUGGAUUUUAGCUCGUAAUAUUCAAUUUUAUAAUAUUUAUCGAUACAAUCCGAUGAUAAGAAAUUACGUGCCGUCAGUAUAAUAUUAUUUUAAGUACGUGUUUUAAAUGUAUUCAAUCGUUUUUAUAAUGAUAAUACGUAAUUAGCGUUUCAAAACCCGUACAUUAAUAAUAAUUCUCCUAAGAACAAUUAAUAUUAUAAGAUUGUAAAUAUAUUAAUCAUUUGUGUACGUUUUGUUUGUGACGCAGUUAUAGUCGAGUCAUGGGCAAGAUGAGCGGCUCGGUGGUGAUCAACGUGAAACGGCCCGUUUUCCAGCUGGAAGAUCUCAACGAGGGGUACCGCAACAGCAGCGGCCCGGAGAUCGACCUGGAAGUGUCGACGAAACGGAAAAAAGUAGCCAAGCUCAAGUGGUCGGAUGCCAAGACCGUGGUGCCGGCCAUCGACUGGCUAUUCACCAACUACCAGUGGUCCGACGAUUUCGUCAAGGACUUCGUUGCCGGCUUCACGGUGGCCGUGCUCAACAUACCGCAGGGCAUGGCGUACGCGAUGCUCGGCAACGUCGAGCCGACCGUUGGUCUAUAUAUGGCCAUACUUCCGGUUAUCGUGUACAGUCUGAUGGGCACGUCCAGGCACGUGUCCAUGGGAUCGUUUUCGGUGGUGUGCCUGAUGACCGGCAAGGUCGUAAACGCGUACGCCAACCAGAACAACAACGGCAAUGUCCUCUCGGCCGGGGCGGGCCCGUUUCCGUUUACCCCGGACUCGGUGUCGUUAUUGCAGCAAGCCCGUAACGAUUCGUCAGUGGUCACGGUGGCCGCCACCGUCGCUGCCACGGCCACCACCACGUAUACGCCGAUCGAGGUGGCCACGGCCGUCACUCUCAUGGUGGGCCUUAUACAGAUACUGAUGUACGUGUUCCGGCUGGGCGUGGUGUGCACGAUAUUGUCCGAGACGCUGGUCAGCGGUUUCACGGCCGGCGCGGCCGUACACGUGGUCACGUCCCAGAUGAAAGAGUUGCUGGGCGUUAAGAUCGAAAGUCACAACGGGCUGUUCCAGAUCGUGCUCACCUACUACGACAUUGUCAACAGUAUAACCAACAUCAAUUUGGCCACUACCGCAGUGUCCUGCAUCACGGUGGCCCUGUUGCUCAUGUACAACUUGUACCUGAAAGUCAUAAUCAACAAACGGCUCAUCAUACCUGUGCCCAUUGAACUGCUCACAAUCAUAAUUGGCACGCUGCUGUUUCAGUUCUCCACGUUCUCGAAUGAUUACCAUAUAAAAUUGGUGAGUACUUUCCAUUAUUGUCACAGGUACAAUUUACGGUCAUUAAAGUCAGUAGUAUAUUAUCGUAUGAUAUAAAUAACUCGUGAAAAAAAAAUCCCUUGUCAUUUGCUCUGACAACUGAUUAAAUAUUAUAACAUGUUAUAUACCACAAUAAUAUUCACAUUUGACAAAAUUUCAAAAAAUUAUUUAAAACCAAAGACCAUACCAAAACAAAAGUUUCAACUUCCAAACAUUUUUUAAAAAUCUAUUUUACAAAAUGACAAUUUUGAAUUUUUUUUUUUUUAAACUAUAGUACAAUUUAAAUCCUAAAAAAAAAAAAAUUGUAUUGGCUGUAGCGCAAAGGCAUAAUAAUUAUUUAAAUCAAUAUCGAACAGAAAAAAAGUUAUUUCAAGUGUUAGACCAUCGUGGGACACCCUGUAAAUAUAUGCUCCAGGGCCUGGUGUAUACGACCGGUUUCGACCAUCAUUAAGUAAAAACAGAACAAAGGCGAAAAAUAAUACUCGACUGAAUAUAAAAUCAAAAUUAUGAAUAAAUAAAAACGAGUGAACCAAUUCUAUUUGAAGAGAUUGUAAAAUGCGACGAUAUGACACAAAUUUAAGAAGUUUCGUUUCCUGUGCAAUAAAUAAUAAUUUUCCUCAUUUAUACGCAACAAUCAUCAUUUUGAUUUCACAUGCAGUCGCGUAUUAUUUUUUUCGCCUUUGUUCUCGUAUGACGAUUUUUUGAAAUGGUAACACACGAUUUUUAUUAUACUCCAGGCUUUGUUUUGUUAUUCUCAUAACAAUUUAUUUAUUUGUUUUGCAUACAUUGCUAUUUUUUCCGCCUGUAAACAACAUUUCUAACAGACAAUUUUCUCCGAUAUAUCAAUAGUGUAGCAUUUUUUCUGAAAACAAGAAUUUCCUAGUUGAUGUUAGUAAAUAGGUCAUUUUUUUUUUUUGAUUUUCCAAGGGGUUUUCAAAAGAAUUGAGAAAAACCAAAAAUAAAUUAUAGAAAAAACGGCAAAUAUUUACGGAGCAUUAUCGAUAUUAUUGUUUUUUAUUUUUUACUAACUAUGUUUUCUAUCAGAAUAUUGCUUUAAUCAAAAAAUGCUAAUAAGUGACCUUUUUUUUUUAUUGAAUUUUAGAUCUAGUUGCUCACGAAGUAAUUUUGUGAAUUUUAAAGCAGUUUUUUUUUUAAAAAUAAUUGAGUAAAACCGACAAAAAAAACGUAGAACAAAUGGGUAAGUUUACGAAAAUAAUGGUUUUAUUAUUUUCAAUUUUGUUUUUUUGUUGUAAUUCAGUUUAAAAUAUCCGUAGAAACUUAAAAUUACGAUAGGAAACUUGUAUUUGCCUUUUCUAGACGUGGUAAAAUUUGUAAACAAUUUUAGCUAUUUUUUCGAGUUAUUUAUACGUAGUUUUGUAUAUCAUUGUUUGACCUAGCAGAAAUGCUUGACAAUUUAACAGGAGGCUUAUUAUAAAUUGUCGAAAAAAAAAAAAAAAAAUGUAGACGUAAUAUAGUUAUUUUGUUUCUAUAAUUAUUGUUUUAAGAUCAAGUAUUGAAUAAAACCGUAAAUAUCACGGUCUUACAAAUCAUGUAUGAACGAACUGCGAAACAGAUUCGUUUUUCGUUAGUAAUAGUUCAUCGUUGCCCAUUACAGAUGUAAAUUGAUUAGCUUUAUGUAUCCGAUACAUUUUAAACUUUUCGCCUACAACAGUGGUGCACCCAUCAGCAGUAUCGGGUGUUUUUAUUUUUUUUAAUAAUUUAUCGAUUACGAAUUCGAAAAUGUUGAAAAUCUUUUCACCGCAGUAUCGUAGACCAACGACGUUGAAAAUCGCACGAUAUAAUUGAAACUAACCCCGUUAUAUAAUUAUAGACAUAUUACCGUGUUAUUAUAAUAAUUUUAUAUUAUAUUUCAAUAAUAUUUCUAUGCAAUCGACUGUUCACGAUGUGAAACGAAUUAAACGUAUACCGAGUUCAUUACUCGUGCACCAUUCUCGAUCAGUAAUAACGCGUUUGACGUGUGCGUCCGGUUCGUAAACAUUAUCGUAUACCUAUGUAAUUAAAUAUUAAUAAUUAUUAUCGUUCGAAAAAUCCAAUGAUUCCAAAGUACAAUAUUUCGUCGAGAAUUAAAUUGUCUGUAGCGAAAAAAAAAACAGUUUUAAACAGCAAAGGUCCGUGACACUAGCGUCGAUUUCCUUCUCCCACGAAGAUAUGAACGUUGUGAUAUCUCGGAAAGUAUUAACUGUUUUGUAAUUUUUUUUUUUAUUAUUAUAAUUUAAGAAACAAGUAUAAAUCUAAAAUGUUACAUUACAAACAUUUUUUGUCACUCUUUUUCAGGAGGUGAACCGACUACUUACUUUUGGUUUUCAAACGGUAACCUAUACUGUUUGUAAGUUUUGUCAAAUGCUUGUUGGUUAAAUUAUCAAAAAAAUUGUGAAUAAAAGUUAAUAAUUUUCGAAAUAUCAUAAUGGCCUCGUAACGGCCGGACACCCUAAAUUGUAAACAAUUAGCUUAAUUUGAGAGGGAGGGUUUUGUAGUGUUGCAAAAAGCUAAAAAAAUCCCUCCUCCCGCAACAGCACGGUCAAAUCACAUUUUCUAAAUUCAACUCAACUUUUAUUACAUCAAUCCACGUAUAAAACAAAUUUUAAUUACCAAGUUUGAGUUGAUUUAGUCCAGACGGAACCGCGGUUAUAGAAAUGUAUAAAAGUAACGAGAAAUAUAUAUUUAUAAAACGACACAAUAAAGGGCAAUUGUCGUUAUUUUGGGGAAAAAAAAAAAUGAAACUAAAGCUCUCUAAUUGAAUCGCCAGUAACGCCUUAAAUGCACCUAAACGCUCAUCUCUAUAGUGAUUUUUGAAAUAAUUUCAAUUGUAAAUUUUGUUCAUGAAACAUAGACUUUGCAAUCUUUGGAACCGUUUAUUGGUGUUCGCAAUGAUUCGCCGUUGCGCAUACAUAGACUUAAUUACCCUAUUCUCACCUGCAGCACAGGAUUUUCCCUAGGUGUGAAGCAUUUACCUAUUUAUUUAUGAUGUUUAAAAUACCGGGCGAAAGGCAACGAAACUAUAUCACUGCCUAGGUCUGCGAUUUAAUAGUAUACAAAUUAAAUGCUCGCAUAAUGUAUACGUUACGAUGUGUAUUUUGCCUUUUUCCAGAUUGGUGAGAUCCAACGGGGUCUGCCUGACUUCAAACCGCCGCCGGUGAAUUUGUUGCUGAGCGUGAUAACGGAAAGCGUGAUAAUCGCCAUCGUCGCCUAUUCGGUGACUAUGUCCAUGGCCUUGCUGUUCUCGGAGAAACUCAAGUAUUCGAUCGACACGAAUCAGGAACUGCUGGCGCAGGGCUUGGGCAACGUGUGCGGUUCGUUCUUCUCGUGUCUACCGUUCGCCGCAUCACUGUCCCGGAGCGCCACGCAGCAGACGGUCGGCGGCAAGACCCAGAUGGCCAGUAUCAUAUCGGCCAGCCUGCUGGUGGCCGUGGUCAUGUGGAUCGGCCAUCUUUUUCAACCCCUACCCCGGUGCGUGUUGGCCAGCAUCACCAUAGUGGCUCUCAAGGACAUACUGCUCCAAGUCAGGGACAUUGUGCGCAUCUGGCGUACGUCCAAAGUGGACGCCGCCAUCUGGCUGGUCACGUACCUGACGGUGAUUCUGGUCGAGAUCGACGUGGGCCUGCUGGCCGGCGUGCUCGUGUCGCUGUUCUUCGUAUUCAGCCAAGGCAUCGGCAGCGGCGUGUACGUGCUCGGCCGGAUACCCGACACGGAUCUGUACGUGGACGCAGAACGGUACCGGCGAGCGGUCGAGGUGCCCCGGAUACGGAUCCUGCAUUAUUCCGGUAGCCUGAACGUGACUAACCGGAACGUGUUCAAGAAGAAGAUCUACAGCAACCUGGCCAGAUACGACGGCGAACUGGCGCCCAUCACCAUAUCGAUAAACGACGGCAAGGAGACGAUGGUCAAGACGCAGUGCGUGAUAUUCGACUUGGCCGGCAUGCACUACAUGGACACAUCCGGGCUGUCGGCGUUCGCCCAGGUGAUCGACCAGCUCAACGAGGCCGGCCUGUCCGUGUACGUGGCCGCCGUGUCCGGUAACGUAUACGACUGCAUGCGGUUCCAGAGGUUCAGCACGGUGCACUUUUUCCCGUCCGUGCACGACGCCGUAGAAUUUUACAAAAGCCAUGAAAGCUACUGCAGCUGA